GAGGGGGAUUGGCUGAAGCCGGACAUCUACCUCGCGUCGACUCCACAGGCGAGGCGGCGCGUGCAGCUUUGAGAGAAGGGGCGGGGCCUGCCGUCUGCAGCCGCCCCGGGGGAUGGCGGGGAGAGAGGCUGGCCGCUUCAGAAGCGGGAGCGGUGGUGGGCGGGGGCGCUCCACCGAAUCCGACCCGCUCCGGUUCUUUGGGGUUCCGUCCGGAGAAGCCUCGCGGCGGGCUCGCGCCAGCCUCUGCUCCCCGCCCCCGUUCUGCUGAUGGGCAGCUUCCUCCCCGCUGCGCUGGGCGAGGGGUGGGUCCGGGGAGGGAAGAGACCCAGGCCCUGCUGGGCGGGGAGCACGCGAGCCCCAACGGGGACUUUCUCCCCUUGAAAGCGGGGCGGCGGGCAGAGAGGAGCGCCAGGAAGGGAGGGACUCUCCUCCUCGCACGGUCCCAGCCAGCGCGAAGCAACUUUCUUAGCCGUGCAAGUCCUCGGACUCUGCAAGCCGAGCUUCUCGCAGCCUAACGGAGGCGCCUCUUCGCGCAUUCAGGGAGCGAGACGUAUUUUAUUUCGCAAUAUUUAUAUAGCGCUUGGUUGCAACAAAGCCGCGAAGCGCUUCUCGGCACCCGGCCAUUAUAAUGAGGGCUGGCGGGUAAGAAGGGAAGUGGGGGAAAGGAGCAGGACAAGACCCCGAUCAGCGCUGCCGCCGCCGCCUUCCGAUAUUCCUUUGACUCUUCUGGGGAGGAGGAGGAGGAUGGCGGCCGCCUCGGAGAACUGAGUCCCGGGAGAGCGAGGAGUGGGGAUCUCUUUCUGACAAUGGCCGACCGAGAUGGAGAGGUGAGGUGGGAUGGGCUGUGCAGCAGGGAGCGCAGCGCCAGAGACAGCGCCAUGGAGAGCAUAAGGCAGGCGGUCCUGAAGAAGAGCGAGGCGGUGGCUCCGGCCAAAGAAGCCGCGUCUCCUCCGGCGUCGCCAGCGGCGGAAGGGCUCUCGCCGCCUCCCAGCGGGGCUCGUGGCGGGCUGAACGAAAUGCUCGCCCGCCUGCUGAUGCUGUCCAAGAGGUGCCCCUUCCGAGACGUGCGGGAGAAGAGCGAGGCCAUCCUGAUGAGCGUUCAGGUAAAUGCCCGGCUCCUGUGCUUUCCUCGGGGAGCGUCUCGAAGUUUGCAACUCUUUCCCUUGGAAUAAGUUUCGCUGAGUUCUGAAGGCCUUGCUUCUUUCUGCCUGGGUGUCUUCAGGACGAAAGUUUUGUGUGUGCGUGUUUAGAUGGCAAGACAAGGCGCUCAAGGCACAUGGGAUUUUUCUCCUUUCACCCUUGCAACUGCCCUGUGAGGUAAAGCAAAGUGAGGGACCAAGGUCACCGUGGUAGAGCGGGCACCUGUCUUAAGCCGAAUUGUAUCAUGCAGCUACUUUUGCUUCGUGGCUCAAGGGUGCAGACGGAGUCUUUCUCAGACCUGGUGUUGGAGAACCUUUCACCAGGAUUGUCAAGGAUUUAGGUCUGUUUCUUCUACUGCUGCCAAACCUUGACCUCUGAGUAAAUGAUCGAUGAGAUUUCAUUCUAAUAAAAUUUGUUUUGCACUGGGAUGUAAGAAAAUUUAAGCAGUGAUCUUCUUAAGGGGAAUUGAACUAGGAUUUACCCCCACACAACAUCAUUAACGUCCAGUUGACAAAAUUCAAUCUCCUAACCUUAUCUGGACUAUGCAGUAAACAUUAAUGCACCUUUGGGAAAACCUUUGGCUCAAAGUGGCUCUUUGAGCAAGUUCUCCAUCUGCUCAUAGUAAUAUAGUUAAUAAAAGAUGGUUCCAAUGUGUUUGCUUGGAAAUUGUGCUUCAUUGGAGACCUGUGGAACAGUAGCAGUGCUGAUUAAUUACACUCCAGCAAAUAAUCUCCAUUCCUUUUCUGUUGGAAUUAGCAGUUGAUAGUAACUAUGUUCUAUGCAAGUAAAGAAUGUUACACUUGCAGUAUAAUUCUAACAGGUCCCAUUGACCUGUUCAGCAGUUAAUUUACUUGCUAGCGGAGGAAGAGGAGUGCGGGGGGGGGGAGCACAUCACCCCCAGCCGUGCGAUCCUGGUGGGGUGCCAUCACGGCUGCCACCCCGCCCGUGCUGGGCACCAUGCCCCCACAGUUGGUGUGCCCCGCCCCUGCCUGCUCUCCGCCCCCGCCCCCCGUGCCAGAGCAUGAAGCUCUGCCACUGAAUUUACUUGCCUGAAAUAAAGGUCAGAAUCCUCCAACCUUUGCAAGGUCAUUGGGCCCUUCAAAUUUUAAUUGGGAUGAAGAUUAUUACUUUUAUUCUUCCAUGUGGAAGAUUUUGCCAAGAUUUAUUACUUUUUAACUAGUUAAAGCAGGGGUGGAGAACCUCCAGCCCACAGGCCUAACUGGGACCAGCAGGCCUCCCCAGUUGGCCCAUGAGACAGUUCUGGCCAGGUCAUGUCCACUUCCCUAUACCCGAUGUCAUAUAGGGGAUCUCCAACUGGCUGUGCCUGCAAAGCGCCUGGCCAGACGGUUCUUUAUAAGGGGUUUCUGAAGACCUGCCAAUCACUGUAGAAAAUAGCUCUUUGAAAGGAGCUUCUGAAAAGGUGGGUGGACAAAAGAGGUCACUUGAUUGCAUUGUGACAUCAGGCAAAUCAACAGGUGGACAAACUUGGUAAGUGCAGGGUGAGGGAGAUAAUCUGACCACCACCCCAGAGCAGAUCCAGUUUCCCACCCCUAAGGUAUAUGGACAACUGAAUACUAUUGAGAAAAAAAUGCAUUGGAUUUUCACAAUGAACUUGACAGAAAUUAAGCUUAAUAUUAAGUCAGCCUGCUUUAAAAUAUGAGUGUUUCCAAUAUAGUUCCUGUUUUGUCACCGUGCUACCAGCCCUGACUUCUGUUGUUACAGGUUUAUAAAGCCAGAAGUUCUGACAAAUAUAACAAUAUAGUAAAGCUACAAAGUUAGUUAUCACUAUUAGUAGUCCUGCUAUACAUGCUCAUACCAUAAUAUUAUCCACUCAGCAUGAAUUAUAAAUGUUCUACAGUGAUAAACCAUGGAAAUAAGUUCAGAUUGACACUCACCCAUUACAGAAAAAGCUAGUACUGAAGGGCAUGCUCAGUGCUAAAUGUCUCAUGUAUGGUGGCCCUCAGGAUCUUAACACUUUAGCACAUGUCUGAUUCAGACCAUAUAACUGAACUUUUCCCCUAAUUAUCCCCCGCCCCACUCGCCCAGUGUCCAGAAGGGAAAUGGGAUGGUGUUUUCUUUUCAUGAUCACAGCACAUCAGUGCAUGGUGAUAACACGUGAACAGACCACACACAGGACAAAAUUGAGGUGCAGUUGAUUCUGAGACUGAAUGAGGGAACUCAUUAACACUUUUCAGGACUGCAUAUGAUAUUGCACUGAUGUAUGGAUGUUUUAUGCAACAGGUGCGUCUGGUGGGCAGGUUAAGAAAGUGUAAUAGCUGUGCAUAAGUAGAAGUUCACGGAGGAAAUAUUGUUUGAUCUGGGCCUCUAUGUUGCUAACCUGAGUAGGCACUGUUACCUGAGAGCAUAUGAAGGCCCCUGUUGGAUAAGAUCAAUGUCCACCUAGUCCAGUAUUCAUGGAAAGUAUCCCAGCUAUCAGCAGGCUCUGUGGUCCAUUGGUGGUCACCAUGGUGUCCUACCAAUGUUGUUGGAAUGCAACUCCCAUUAUUCCCAGUCAACAUAGCCAAUAGUCAGACCUGAUGGAGUUGUAGUCCAACAGCAUGUGGAGACACCAUGUUGACUACCCCUGCGGGUGGUCCAUGGACAUUAAUAAUCUACCACUUUUGCCUGGCCUUACAGGUCCAGCCAAAAAUUGUAGUCAUCAGUCCCCACCUUGCAAUCCUUUCUGUAGGGAAAGAAUGCUGGGCAGGAAAGUGUGCCAGCUUUGUCCCCACUUUCUUCAUGUAGGGACCAGUGGAGAUCAUGUCUGGUUGGGUGCCACCCCUUCCUGCUGUCCAUGUUUCCUGCUGGGGUAUAGGGAAGCCUGGGGCAGGAAAAGCCAAUGGCAGAGUGAAGAUUGCUUGUCGGUUUGGCCUUACAUGGCCAAGGCUGCCUGGAUCCUUUGGCCACAGGGCUGUCCACAAAACUUCCAGCCUUCUUCCCAGUUUUGGAGCACCACAAAACUUCUUGAACUAUUCCUUGGCACUGACAAGGUUACAGGUGCCACAUAAUAUUUGUUCUGCGCUUGUAAUAAAUUAUUGUUUUAGUGUGGCAACACCUUCGCUUUGGAACUUCCUGCCUAUUGUCAUCAGGCAGGUGCUGUAUUUUUUUUGGAACUUGCUUUAAACGUUUUUGUUUAGGCAAGCCUAUCUUGACAUCUUGUUGGUUCACUGCUGAUGUAAUUUUUUAUAAUGUUUUUAAUUCCUUGUUUUAACUGUUUUUAUUUAAAAAAUUCAUAUUUCUUGUAAAUUGAUUGGCGGUUUUGCUACAGUGAAGCGGUAUAUAGAUUUUGUUAAGUAAAAUAAACCUGCUUCCCUCUGCAGCUUCAAUAUUGGGAAGAAGGAUGUCCUCUGAUAAUGCUUUCUGCUGGGUGGUUCCACACUUACCAUUACUAGUGUGGCAAGAGGAAUUGUUGUUGUCUGGGUCUACCAGUGGUCUGUGUUCUACUCUUGGCCUCCUCCAGUCUGACUGAUAGAAGCCUACAGUGUUACAGUGCUGCUUAUAGUACUUAGAAGGUUGCUGGAAAGAAUGCUUUUUAAGGCUGCAUUCCUGUUGAAGGUUUUCUGGGAGUAACCCUUUUACUUCUGAGUAGACAUGUUUAGGAUUAUGCCUUUGACAUUUGCUUCUUAGGAUGGCCCAGGCAGGAAGGUUUAUGUAGAGGAGUAUUUGUAAACUUAAACUGAGAGCAGAAUUUUCCAAGCAUUCUGCCAACUCAAAAGCAUUGUGCUUAAUGUGGUACUUUGCCUCUCCAAGUGAAACAUUCAGUAAAGGAACAGUCAACUAUCUCUUUCAGUAUGUUUUUGUAAUGAGUGGUUAUUUGCAGUACCUCAGAUGCAGUUUCAAGUCUUGGCCUAAUGGUUGUUUUCAUUGAAAUGAAAUAUUUGUGGGCACUUUGAAUUAUUUCUUAUAAAUUCCUUUCUUUUUUAUUUUUCUGUGCUAUAUAAAUUAUUUAGAUUGCUUAAUAGACUGGUAGUUUAGUCGCUUGAUAUACUGAUUGUAAAAAUGGGAUCCGAAUAUGCUUGUUGGAAAUAAUGAUGUAUAAUCACAAUAACAGACAAUUAUAAACUGGUUCUUUAGUUUAAAAAUACCCAAAUAAGGGAACAAUAAAUAAAACAAUACUAAAGCAACUUUAACCCCCCCCCAAAAAAAUGAGUCUCGCAUUUUAAGAAAGUUUAUAUUUAAAUGAUUUAUAUUGGCAUGCAAUGUUUCUGAAUCCUGUGGAGGUUGUUGUUAUCCUUUCAGUAGAUACUUAAAAAACAACAACUUGUAGUUCGAUGACUUGUGCAAAUCUGACGUUUAAAUGACUUUUUACACAUACUUUUUCUCUUGUUUGUGUAAUACAAUUGCUAAUACAAAACAAAAAUACGUGACAAUAUGGGUUAAAAUAUUUUCAGAGUCUUGAUUACCCUGUUACUGGUAAUAUAUGGUAGCAAGCAAUUAUAUGCAUUAAAAAGUCUGAUAAAAUACUUCGCCAUGGUAUGAGAACAUACAGCUAAAUCUCAAUGGUCAUCUUCUUUUUUGAGUUUCAUUUGUCAGGAGAUCUCCAUUACCUUCUCUGCUUACAUUAAAUUGUAAUAAGUUGGUUCUUCUUUGUCAUACGUUAUAUAUUUUAUUUUAUUUCUUUAUUUUAUUUCUAUACCGCCCCAUACCCGAAGGUCUCUGGGUGGUUCACAUAAAGGAUCACAUACGUAAAAUCAGAAUACAAACAACAACCCAAUAAAAAAACCCUAAAAAGAGCCAGCAUUUUAAAAAGGGUAUAGGAUAUAGAUCGGGUCAGGCAAAGGCCUUGGCGCCUAAAGGUGUAUAGUGAAGGCACCAGGCAAACUUCCCUGGGGAGAACAUCCCACAGAUGGGGAGCCAUUGCAGAGGAGGCCCAUUCUCAUGUUACCACCUUCCUGACCUCUCGAGGAAGAGUCUCACGAAGAAGAUGAUUUCAGGGUCCGGGUAGGUUCAUAUAGGAAGAGGCAGUCCUUGAGGUAUUGUGGUCCUGAGCCAUUUAAGGCUUUAUAGGUCAAAACCAGCACUCUGAAUUGGGCCCGGAAACUAAUUGGUGGCCACUCCAGUUGGACCAGGAUCGGUGUAAUAUGCUCAAACCGUCUUGCUCCAGUGAGCAAUCUGGCUGCUGAAUUCUGCACCAGCUGAAGUUUCCGAACCGUCUUGAGAGGCAGCCCUACAUAUAAUGCAUUGCAGUAAUCUAACCUUGAGGUUACCAGGGCAUAGACAACGGUAGUUAGGCUAUCCCUGUCCAGAUAAGGGCGUUGCUGGGCCACCAACCGAAGCUGAUGGAAGGCACUCUGGGCCACUAAAAAAAUAUUAUUUUGAACUUGAAGCAUGUACUUGGUUAGGGACUGGGUAUUAGCCAUGUAGCAUACUGAAGGUGUUUAAGGCUUAAACUCUAUACCCAACUCACCUGGGAGUAAGCCCCAUUGAACUCAGUGGAAGUUACAGGCAGCUCCUCUGUUUCUGCACAUUGUUUAACUAGGCGCUCUGUGUAGAAGUACUUUCUUUUAUCUGUCAUGACCCUUCCAACCUUAAGCUUCAUUAGAUGCCCACAAACUCUACUGUUAUGAGAAAGGGAGAAACACUUUUCUCUGUCAUGCCCUGCAUAAUUUAAAAACUUGUAUCAUGUUGCCUCUUACUUGCCAUUUCUCUACCCUGAAAAGCCCCAAAUGCUGCAAUAGGGGAAUCGCUUCAGCCCCUUAAUCAUUUUGUUUGUCCAUUUUUGAGCUUGCUUGAACUUUUGUGAAAAAUUAUUCCUUACAAAGAUGCAUAGUUAGAAUGAGUUGCAACCAUAAUGUUUUUUGACAACACAGUUCCUGAAGUCAGGAGACUGAUAGCUGUGGUUCUUCAUUUUUUUACAUCUUUCUAAGCAUAUCAGGAUUUCUAAACAAAGAAGCUGGCUGGGGCUGCCUGGAGGAGUUGUCCAAACUUUGGAGAGCACCAGGUUGAAGAAGACCGGUCUGCACUGCUGUGUUUUUAGCUUGGGUUAUGUUAGGUCAUAGGAUUUGCAUGCCUUGUAUCUGACUGUCAUCUGGCUGAACUGCUGCCAAAUGAUAAUGAAAUGUAUGUUUACACAGCAGCUGGCUCUCCUGUGAAAAAAAGCUUUGUCAGUUUUUGUUGUUCUCUUCCUUCUCCCACCCAGUGUGAAGUUUGCCUGGAAGAUUUCUGCCCUUGGAAGAAAUUAAAAAGCUCUAUGCAAUCAGGCUUCAGAUGCCUGUGGCAACAGUCUGACCCUUAUCUUAAAGGGCUGUGCAGUUCCUAGAUUGUGGAGAAAUGUUCAGUCAUGCAAAACAACAAGAUAUGCUUCUUCCCAGCCCCACACUGAUAAAGGAGCAAAUGCAGCCAAGGGUACAGUGUCACCACAGCGAUUGUGAUGAUGAAGCGCAGAGCUAAUUUGGAUGUCGGUUUUCACACUUUUUACUUCGAAGUGCAAAGCUAGAGAAUGGGUAUGAAGCUAAGCAAGUUGAUUUGCUGUCCUAAUUGUUUUGAGCAUGGCAUAUUGCUUCAGUUAACUUCAUUUGUGACUUUCUUAACUGGGCAAGUGUCCUUGUCUCUAGCUUGUGAGAGGCAAAGAAAAAAAGUUGUUUGGUUUUAACAGAGCUAUGCCUAAAUAUAAGUUAUAUCCCUGAACUAUCAGAAUAAAUUCAAAGAAUGUGUGUGCCUGCUGAAAUAUUCCUGUUUGGGCUUAGAGUCACAACAGUCUGUUGGCUUUGUUUCCCCCCCCGUUUCCCAGAACAUUGUUGUUCUACUUGAUUUAUAUUAGCUAUUGCUUUCAUUUGGAAAAAGAGGGUGUCUUAACCACAGUAUUUUGGAAACCGAAAAGAGUUCAUUUUCAGGCUUUGGUUUCAGUGUUUGUGCUUAUCCAAAGUGAAACUUUGUUUCCACUUCAAGCCAGAAAAUGAUUUCUGUUUUGAUUGCAUUGAGCAAGAGUUUUUAAACUAUACACACCCAACAAAAAAUAUGAGUUUUCCUUAUGUGGCCCCCAAGGUUAAAAGAGAAGCUAUCAGCAAAUAUUAAAUUUAUUUAUUAUAUUUUUGUAUUUUUAAAAUUUCUAUACUGCUCUUCAUCACAAUUUAAAAACAAAAAUACACAACAAACAAACAAAACAAUACAAUACACCCCCCCUCCCCAGUUUAAAAGGCCAUAGAUUGUUAGCCAACGGCCUAUGAGAAGAGGAAAGUUUUUGCCUGGUGCCUAAAGAUAUGUAACAAAACCACCAGGGAAGGUCUUCCUGGCAAGAGCAUUCCACAGGCAAGGAGCCCCUGAAGAAAAGUCCUGUUCUUGUGUUGCCGCCCUCUGGACCUUUUGUGGAGGGGGCACAUGAAGAAGGACCUCAGAUUAUGAUUGCAGGGUUCAGGUAGGCCCAUAAGGGGAGAGGCAGCCCUUGAGGUAUUGUGGUCCUGAGCCACAUAAGGCCUUAUAGGUCAAAACCAGUACUUUGAACUGGACCCAGAGACUGAUAGGCAGGCAGUGCAGUCAGGCCAAGAGUGAUGUUACAUGCUCAAACCUUCUUUCCCUGGUGAGCAACCUGGCCACUGAAUUCUGCAUCAGCUGACGUUUCCAUGCGUCUUCAGAGGCAGCCCUGCGUAUAAUGCAUUUCAGUAACCUAACCUAGAUGCCCAUCAUAUGCCAGAGGCUCCCACUGUGUUUAUAUAUUUUCAUAGAAUUGUAGAGUUGAAAGGGACACCAAGGGUAAUCUAGUCCAACCCCAAUCUAGUCAGUCAAAAUAUAAAAACAAACAAGAGCAGGUUUCCUCAACCUCGGCCCUCCAGAUGUUUUUGGCCUACAACUCCCAUGAUCCCUAGCUAGCCGGACCAGUGGUCAGGGAUGAUGGGGAUUGUAGUCUCAAAACAACUGGAGGGCCGAGGUUGAAGAAGCCUGGACAAGAGCUUACACAGCAAAUAAAGCUAUUUAUAAAAUGCAGAUACCCAUAUUCAUCCAAAAACUUGAGUUAUAAGCUGGUCUUCUGUUGGAACUGAAAGAUCGGCACCAACUAGUGAUGAUGCCAUGACCAGAAAUUAUCCCCUGAACAGUUUGCUUCAAAAAGAUAUAGCUCCCUUUCCAGGCUUAAGAAGCUGGAUGAGUAAAAAUGACACGUGAAACCGCCUUCCCUCCCAAUGAAUAUAGGACAGCUUGGCUAUGACAACAGAAAACUAAUCUAAAAAUACUUAUAUGCUUUUAACCAUGCUCAGAUUGGAGUCUUCAGGGGAAAACUUUCUAGAAUUAUAGGGGCAGACAUCAAAAGCGCAUAGAUAGUGCAGGAAAGAGGAUAUUCCUGUCCAAUGAUGAACACCAUGAUUGGAUGUAAGGGAGUGACUUUGGGGGCAUGAAGGGCUAAUCCAGCUCAUUAACACCACCUUCAAAUCUAAAUAAGUGGUAGAAAAUCAAAACAAAAGAAGUGAACUCAAAACUAAUUUCCCUUAAAUCCAAGCAUAACAUUAUGCUAGCUAGGCCAAGGACUGGACAUGUGAUCUAGACAUGCAUUAGUACCUGCUGAACGGAAAAGUUGCACCAGUUGCAUGUUGAAGGUCUGGACAUUCUCAUUGCUGCAUGAAUUCUGCUUACUUCUCCUUCCCCCUCACUUGGGGGCACUGUGACUUCAUUGUUUUUAACUAAAUAUUCUGCAUUCAUUAGAUGUGAGAUGGUUUCAGGUUUUCUUUACAAUGCUUAUUUUGAAAGCGACACCCAUUGCACUUCAGCUGUAAAACUUGCAUAGGUGCUGGCAUGUAAGGAACUGCUGCAACCUAAGUUGCCACUGGUGUACAACUAACAGCAGCAUUGGUGUACAACUAACAAGCACUGAUUAUUGUUAUAUGGCCUUUUGUGAACAUGUCAUAAUAUGGUAAAAGGUAAAGGACCCCUGACAGUUAAGUCCAGUCGUGGACGAUUCUGUGGUUGCGGCGCUCAUAUUGCUUUACAGGUCGACGGAGCCGACGUUUGUCCACAGACAGAUUUUCCAGGUCAUGAGGCCAGCAUGACUAAGCUGCUUCUGGUGCAACGAAACACCGAAACCAGAGCAAUGCACAGAAACACUGUUUACCUUCCCGCCGGAGCAGUACCUAUUUAUCUACUUGCACUUUUUGGUGUGCUUUCGAACUGUUAGGUUGGCAGGAGCUGGGACCGAGCAAGGGGAGCUCACCACAUUGCUGGGAUUCAAACCAUCGACCUUCUGAUCGGCAAGCCCAAGAGGCUCAGUGGUUUAGACCACAGCACCACCCAUAAUACGUAGACAACAGUGAAUAGGAAAUUUUGCUCUAGUUUCUCAGGGUAGAAUAAUUUAAGGUAGCUGUAUGGAAACUGGAUCAUUGCAGUCAAAGGUAUAUGAAAGUACUUCCAUAUGUAUAUUCAGGUCCUCAAACCUGUAUGGAGGCUCUGUCUAGCCUACAGCUGCAGGAAGCAGACUAAGAUGCAAUCUGAUACAGCUGGGGGUGAGCAACCAAGAGGUCUACUCUGCGGGUAACAAUGCUUAACUCCUGAGAGAAAUUGGUGCUCAUAUUUUAAAGGCACAGUUAAUACAUUUUCAUAUUAAAUAUGAAAGCUGCAGUCUUGCAACAAGCUCUGUGUAUAGACUUUGCUUACACAGUCCUUUUAGCUACCCAAAAUAUCGGCAAAACUAAAUAUGGGAAACAUUGUCUGAACUGAGUUCUCCCCCAAAGGUCAAUAAAAGUACACUUGUUUACUCAAAAAGGACACAGAUUCUAUGACAAAGUGAAAUGUUUGCUUGUGGAAAGUAGCUGGUAUAGUAACCUUUAUAAAGAGAAGUGUAAAUUUGGGAUAGUCUCGAGCUCUAAAAAGAAAAGUGUUGUGGUUUAUGGCAGGUUUGGAACCCAGGGAAUGGGACUGUAGUCCUAACUAAUUACCUACUAUAGUUUUGUGAAUGUUAACGUUGGUGGACUUUUCAGUCUGUGAUUUCUAGUAAUAAAAUAACUACGAAAAUAAAAGCUGUUUCUACUGCUCUUAAUAUCUGUGCUUUAUUCAGUUUAGCAACUAUGGAGCAUGUAAACUUGUUUAUACUUGUUAUACAACACUGUUGUUGUUCCCUUCGGCUGGUAGCUGCAGGAACACCUCCGGCACAAGCCAUUGAGGCAAAUAGGGCAUGGAUCAGCUGGAUAUUUGAGGACUGGCCCCUUACAUUUUACAGAUGUAAAAAGAUGUGAAAUGGGGGAAAGCCAUUUAUUAGAUGUCACUGUUGAAGAAAUACGAUUUCACUUCCAAAUAAACAGAAAUACAUUGCAGUGUGCUGCCUGUGUGGGGUAAGAUAUGACAUCACACUGCUGGACAUGAUGAGACUUCCCCUUUUCCUUGCCGCAGCAAUCUGCACCCUCGCAAUCUACUCCACAGGGUCCCCCAACCAGCUACAUCAGGUUUUGGAGCAGCGCUCAAAAUUAGCCCGGUGCCAGUUGCAUUUUGCGACUGGAUGGAGAUGUCCAGGAACCAUCCUUGGUGCCUAGCAUCUCCGCCUGCCUGGCUGUAGUCCAGCAGUGGAGCGUAUGCCCAUUCUGCCUGGGGUGGGCGCUUGGAGCGUGCCCCUGAGGGGUGCGGAGGGCACCCUCUGCAUGCCACAGUUCAGGGUUAGGAGAGGGGUGGGAAGUUGCUGCUCACUCUCCUCCUCCUCUCUGCCACCUUUCUGACCUGGCCGUGGUGCUACUGCAGCUUGAGGAGAGCUGUUCUCUGCUGUCAGGUUAGAAGUGACCCAGUGGCAGAGCUGCUGCUGCCGGGCACCAAGUGUGCCAUGGCCGAGGUGGGUGGGUGGCAGCACUGCCGCCCACUCGCCUGCUCUUUUCCCCUGGGUCAGGCCUGACCUGGUGCAGCUCCUUCUGGCAUGGAGCUAGGCUCCGAUGAAGGAGUCUGCUGUGGGGGCGACUGUUUGCGCCCCCUCUCAAAAUUCUGGCUGGGAUCAUGGCCCCCACAGCACCCCCACGCUGUCCCUCUGCUGGAGUCAGCUGGUCAGCCAUAUAUAGCGAUAGAAAAAGAUGCGCUGUUGGAUACCACCAGUUUGAUAUAUUGGAGGCUGGUAACAUCAAUAAGCUUAUUGGUUUUCUAUUAGCUAUUAUGGGAGCCUGGUUGACAGAAGAGAAUAUACAUUUGAAACAAAAACAAAAACACUUUCUUCCUGUGUACCAUUAGGUGGGUUGAAACAAGAUGAGCCAUAUAUGUGGUGCGUGUAUAGGAGCUUAAUAGACCUGCUGUUCUUUCCAAAGACCAGCUUGCCCCAGGGAGAGCAGGGAAGAUAGAAACGGCCUAGCAAGCUGCUACAAUCCCUCUCCCAGUGUUGGCCCCUCUCUUCUCCAGCUGCCCCACAGGGACUUCUGAAAGACUAUCUUGCCCCAAAGGGAGCUGAGAAGAGGCAAUCAUAGCUUGCUCUAAACUGCCAUAUUUUCCUCUUACUGUAUUUUUAAAAAACACUGAUUAUUGUUAUAUGGCCUUUUGUGAACUAUUUUGCGUGAUCUACCUCUAAAGUUAUAUAAAAAUACCUUUAAAUAAAGAGCCAUGUAGGAGAAAGAGUUCUACAACUACUGCAACCACCAGUUUGUGGAACACCAAAACUAGAGGUUUGUUUUGGGGAGUGGGGAGAGAGAAUGGAUGAGGCAGGCAAAAGGGGUGGGCAUGCGGUCCUUGAUGUAAGGAAGGUGAAUGGUAGCGGAAAAGUCCAUUGUAACUCUGCCAUGUUUUGGCAUGUGACUCGGGUUUGAGAAAUUAAAAUCCCCAGUAUAGUUCUCAAAUGUAUUUGUUAAUGGAAGUUUGAGAAGCGGACAGCCAUUUGAGGUACCUGGAGAAUGGUUUCAUGUGCUUUAAAAUCUGAACAGAAGGAACAUGAAACCUGCAUUUAGGUUGUGAGAAUUUCACACGUGCAUUUCAAGUAAAUGCCUACCGAAAUUGCAGUGCUGCUGUAACCUCAACUUCUCACAUCUUCAUUUGUCCAGCCACAAUUGCUUGCUUUUAGCCGUUUUUCUCCUGGUAGGGGUCGUUUCUGGUUAUGGAAUCCCAGCUUAGAGAAAAAUAUGCUACCUUCUUUUCUUUUCUUUUUGCAAAGCCAUGUUUGUUGAACAUCAGGCAGAGACGUGUGAGUGUGGGUUCUUUUUUCUAAAAUAGUUUUGUGGAGGAAGAGCUGGCAAAGGCUCCAGCUCCUCCUGCUUGUUCACUUUGUUCUUCAGCACCCUCCCUUCCACUUUUUAGACUCUUAAAAUUUAAGAGGUUCAGCAGCAAACCGGAUUCUGCUUAGAGGUCGUCUCCUAUCCUGCCUAAUUUGGCCCUGUAAGUUUAGGUUUAGAGAGAUACAAACAGUAGAGAGGAACAUGUUUUCUACUCUGACACUUGCUGUUUGUUCCAUCUACUUUUCAUAAUAAAUCUCAACUGCACAGCUUGAUCUUUUCCCUGAAGCAGCCAUUCAUCAUUUAAGAUCUCAGACAAAAGCAGAAAAACAAGCCACCCUUUGCUGUAAUAGGACGUGGAGAAAUGGCAGCAUUGUGUCUUAGCUUUGUGAUUGGCUGGAGGAGAUCACACCUCUGGAAUCUGUUUAUCCCCUAAAAAUAAGAUAGAAUCUUCUGUGCGUUUCAGUGAAACCUUUUCUGCAGCACUUCAUAUUCAAACAAACAUAAUUACAGUAUUUGCAAAUUAUUUGGGUGGGUUGGCUACGAAUGAGGGGAAUGAAUAAGUGUGUUUCUUUUGAGAACGGUGAGUGCUAUGUGAGUUUUUUGUGGGUAGGGCAAUGCUUAGUUGUUUUUCAGACCUAAUGGUACAUUGACACACGUAGGAAGCUGUGCAAGAGCUUAACUACAUUGCAUCUUGCUGUGUGCGUGCAUGCAUUCCCAUACAACCCAAAGUACAGACUAAUUGCAAUUAUGCCUGUGUGAGUGUUGUGAGUGUGCGUUGAAUAAAGGACUUGCUAAUACUCCUAAUAACCAGAAAUUACUCGAUCUUAUUUUAUUAUUAGUGCUACUAAAAAUGUGCUUAGCAUGUGCCCACAUCAGAUAUUACAAUUUUCUUAUACACAAUUUUAGUUUUUGAAUCUAGUGAAAUAAGUAACAAUAAUUGUGGUACUUGAAAAUGUUUUAAAUGAAAGCAGCUAGAAGUUACAGUAAUCGGCUCUUUAAAAAAAGAAAAAGAAAGUAACAUUACAGAGUAAAUUUUGGUUAUGAGCUAGUGGGUAACCAGUACAAUAGCAUGUACUCUCUCUGUAUAUUAUUAUUAUUAUUAUUAUUAUUUAUUAUUUCAUUUUAUAUACCACACUUUAUCAAAAGAUCUCAGGGCAGUGUACAACAUUAAAAACACAUUACAAAACAUCAGUGAUAAAAACAAUAAAAAGCACACUGACAGAUAGCUUAGUCAUCAUAAAAACAAUCCUCUCCCCCACACUUUUACAGGCCAUAGAUUAUUUAAUAGCCAUAGGCCUGGGUAAAGGAGGAAUGUUUUUGCCUGGUGCCUAAAGGCAUGCAAUGAUGGUGUCAGGUAUUCCACAAUCAGGGAGCCACCACAGAAAAGGCCCAUUCUCUGGUUGCUACCUUCUGAACCUCUCUGGGUAUUGGGGGGGGGGUCAUAGAGAAGGGCCUCGUAUGACAAGAAUUUAUAUAUACUCAGUUGUUUCCAGGGACAAAUACUACUUAGAUCUGGGCUUAGUUUAAAAAACAAUCAAGGUGUGCAUUCUAUUUUUUCUACUGAGUUUUAUAUAAAUUGCCCUCAUGCCAAGUUUCCAAAUUGCUCCUUAAAACAACACCCAUAUAAAUUCAUCCACAGUGAUCUUGGGAUAAAAGAGAGUUGAAAGGCAGAGUUGUGCAAUCCUUUCCUUAUAAGCAAGGAUCCACAUGCUUUGACUGGCCUUGGUAGCCAACUAAUGUUUUUAGUUGCUGGCGAGGCUCUUUUACUUCCUGCUGCACAUAAGUGAAGUCAAAUAUCCCUUCUGAAUCUUUUUGCAGCCACUGAGCCUAAUGCACCAUUUUACAUUACAGUGGUACCUCUGGAUAUGAACUUAAUUCGUUCUGGAGGUCCGUUCUUAACCUGAAACCGUUCUUAACCUGAGGUACCACUUUAGCUAAUGCGGCCUCCCACUGCUGCCGCACGAUUUCUGUUCUCAUCCUGAGGUAAAGUUCUUAACCUGAGGUACUACUUCCGGAUUAGCGGAGUCUGUAACCUGAGUUGUUUGUAACCUGAGAUACCACUGUAUUUUCUUCCAUGUGCUACUCACAGCUUUUCUUUUCCUUUUUAAGUGUUAUUCUUCUGGCAAAGUGUACUUCAAACUUUCUCUGUGAUUGUCAGAUUGGAUUUGUGAACAUCUCUCCAAUGAAGAUGUCAUGGUGUUUUUUUCCUUUGGGGCUGCUGCCUGGGUCAAGAACUCUAGGAACAUUUACCUGUGUAUCUGAUGAAUGAAUUUUCCUUCUCAGACAUCAAAACAAGACUGUGUGUUUCUACAGAAAUCUUUAUGUUCCUUCAGAAAUAACUUUUCUUGUAUUUGAAUAAUGCAAAUGAAAGGAGGUAAGAUGGGCAAAGCCUGGCUUCUUGUCCUUUGUACCUUCCUACAAGUGAGACUUAAAUAAUUUUUGUAUUUCCUGUGUUACUCAGAUGUGAGACAUGCACUGGAUUGAAUGUUCACUUGAUUUAAGAAGGAUUCCUUUUAAUUUUUUUCCUCCUCACAUGUAACUCCAUGUAAAGCAUGUUGUUUUUAAAAAUGUCCUUAACUUGCCUUGCAGUUGCAGGUAACAAAUACAAAGUGAAUAAAUACAUAACAAUAUUACAUUUUGCCUGUGUUGGAGGUUCUCGUUUAGAAAUUGGCUUAGUUAUUUUGGGAUUACUGCAAUACAUUUUUAUUACAAUUCCUUAUGAAAGAAUAAAAAAAUCUGGCUGUGAUACAUCACUGAACAGGAAACAUCUUUGUGCCCUCAGAGCAUUUAAAUGCAAGAUGAAACAAAGCUUUUCCAAAGGGAAGCAGAUAAGCAAUUCUCUCCCACAUGAAGGCAUUGGGCUGGAAACAGGUUAACCUUUCUAUUUUGCUCCCAGUGGAAACUGCACAGUUAAAACACUUUGCUCAAUUGCUGUGAAAUAAAACCAUCAUUGUUUACUUGUUAAGUAAUGACUUGCUUAAAGACUAGGCUUCUUCUACUCAUAAGUGUACACUUAGUUGUAAUUGAGACCUUACAGGUGUUUUCGUUGAAUGUCCACCCAUCCAAAAUAUUACACAUAGGAAAAUAUAUAUAUUGUCUAACUGUUUAAAGCUCAGCUGCCCACUAAAAUCCUUGAAUAACUGUUAAAAUGAAUUGGGAUAAAGGAUGGUGGACAGAAGUAGGAUAGGUAUGUGUUGGGCCCAGGAGGGAGAAGAGAACAGAAAUGGAGUAGAAGAAGCACAGAGGGGUCUAAGUGAAUCGGGAAAGGUAGAUUGACGCAGGGCAGUGGUGGAGAAAAGAUGACCUGUGUGAUCCCCUCUGUAUACCAGUGGAGCAGUAGACCUGCCAUUCACCCCACCUGGUUCCACCACUUUCCCAUCUCUUUCACUUUGUCAGUCAAUCAUCAGACUUUCCAUGUCUUCCUGCAUAGCUGAAAGUACCCUGUGAUCGCCACCUGAGGCCCUUCUUCUCGUGCCUCCUCCACAAGAGGUCUGUAGGGUGACAACCCAACAACAGGCCUUUUCUGCAGUGUCUCCCCACUUGUGGAAUACUAUCCCCAGGGAGGCUCAACUGGUGCCUUUGUUACAUACCUUUAGGUGCCAGGCAAAAACUUCCCUCUAUAACCAGGCCUUUGGCCUUUAACUGUUUUCUGAGAGGGUGGGCUGCUUUUAAUGUUUUUCUUUUUCCUCUUGGUUUUAAUGCAUCUAUCUUGGGUUUUUUGUCUGCUUGGUUGGUUGUAAGAUGCUUUGGGUUGCCCUGGGCAAGAUAAAGUGACUAACAAAUUUAAGAAAUCAUCAUCAUCACCAUUGUAUUCAAACAGAUUUAACAUUUAGGGGCUCUUUCUAGUCCAUAUCUAUCAAUGCUCUCUCUCCUUCCCAACUCUUUAAAUUGCUUAAAGAGGAAGAGACAGCAUGCUCUUAGACUAAAUCCCUACUUGCCUUUCAUAGCCAAAAGCUGGGCAAGAUGGUAGGCAGCCAGAGCAGCCAGAAUUAGAAAAAUGUUGGAUGCUGGUGUCACAACUUUGCUGCAGUUUCUACCUCCUUUCACUCUGGUGUUCUCCAAUAACAUUUAUUCCCUUCCCACUAUCCAUUUCCUUCUUUCCUCCUGUAUUUCAAAUAUUGCAUAGGGAGGAAGUGGUGCUAAGUCUUGCUGGUGUGGUUCUUCAACCUCUGUUUCUGUACUUUACUGUUUAUGUUGGUUUAUUGUUUAGUUGUACAUUGCCAUACUUUUUAUUUUUAUAUUUUAGAGUCAGAGGUGGUGUUUUUAUUGGAGAUUGUAAGCUGCUUUAUAGAGGAAGUUCCUUAAAGUUUGGGGGAUAUAAAAAAUACCUGGUGGUAAAACUAGUUACUGAGAAGCAUGUUGAUCUGUUAUUGCCUGCAUUUUACUGAAGCUGGUGGUAAAUAUGGUAAGAAGGCCUAACCAUACAAAAGGCACUUUAAAAAAUGGUUUAUUUAAUGGUUUUUUGUCCCCCAAACCCCAAAGCAGUGAAAAGCAUAUUAAUACAAAAUAAAUAUGCAAUAAGUACAACAAAUCAAUAAAAAACAAUUCAAAACAUCAAAAUCACAAAAUACCCAUCUAAGCAAAGACAUACACCACAUCGACAUUAUCUAUGCAUCUUAAUUAUCUGGUAAAAAGAAAUAACUUUACUGGAGAAACCCCAUAAUGACUAACAGUCACUUUAAAACAAAUACCUUAAAAAUUAAAAGUAACCUCCAAAAUUAGAACACUGUCUUUGUGUACAGUUUGCAUGCAAAGCGUUCUUCAGUUUACUGUACUGGAAAAUGAACAAGCUUCUUAAACACAAUCUAUCAUGAAAUUUAAAAAUGUACUGCUGUCUAUCAUUUCUGAAGUGUAUGCCACCUUUUAUAGAAACACGUAAUUUUUGGACCAUGGAGCUCUCCAGCAGGGACUUAUCAUUUGUCAAAUUUUAAAACUGAGAAUCAUAGAAUUGUAGGGUUAGAAGGGAUCCAAGGGUCAUCUAUUCCAACCCUCUGCUAUGCAGGAAUCUCAACUAAUGCAUCCAUGACAAAUGGCCACCCAACUUCUGCUCAAAAACCUCCAAGGAAGGAGAAUCUUUCAUCCCCUAAGCGAGUCCAUUCCACUCUCGAACAGCUCUUACUGUCAGGAAGUUCUUCCAUAUGAUUAGCUGAACGCUCCUUUCGUGUGACUUGAAGCCAUUAGUUUGGUUCUAACCCUCCGGAGCAGGAGAAAACAAGCUUGCUCCAUCUUCCAUGUCACAGCCCUUUAGAUAUUUGAAGAUGGCUAUCUUAUCACCUCUCAGUCUCCUCUUAUCCAGGCUAAACAUACCCAACUACCUCAACUGUUCCUCAAAAGGCUUGUUUUCCAGAUGCUUGAUCAUCUUAGUUGCCCUCCUGUGCACACAUUCCAGCCUGUCAACAUCCUUCCUAAACAAUGGCGCCCAGAACUGGACCCAGUAUUCCAGGUGUUGUCUGACCAAGGCAGAAUAGAGCAGUACUAUGACAUCCCUUGAUCUGGGCACAACACUUAUGUUGAUGCAGCCUAGUUUGGCAGAGAAGCCAAACAGUGGGAGGCAGUCUCCCCUUUAAACCUAAUUGUUUUUUGCCUUCAAUUCACAUUAUCUCUAUUAAGGCAACGUGCUGCUGUUCUCACUAGCAGUGUUAUCAUGUGAGAUAUGGUGCAACAGUACUAAAACAGUUCUGUUAAAUGGUUUUGGAAUGGCUGAGUCCUAAGCCAAACAUGUCCUCAAACUACCUUAUUCCCAGGCAAUCACCAUAGACCCAAGAUUAGGGGGGGCUUGGAUUCAAACAUUUGAUAAAAAAAUAUUGUAGAAGGCAAAGGUCUUUUUAAAAAGAAUCUCCUGAAAUUUAAAAUGCAAAUUGCCUCCAUUGACCUCCAAUAAUUAAAUUUGGGGGGAGGAAUGCAAAUUGAUUGAUCACAAACCUUGGUAUUUAGCAUGACAUCAGCUAGCAGGACAGUGUUGCGAGAUGAGGAGUUUCUGAAAGCAGAAAUGGCUCUAGGAGAAAUUCUAGAUGAGACUGUAGUGACAUAUGUACAACUGUUAUUUCAGUACAAAUAAGACAUUGAACUAGUAAGACCAGUUAUAUCAUGGGUAGGCAAACUAAGGCCCGGGGGCUGGAUCCUACCCAAUCGCCUUCUAAAUCCGGCCCGCGGAUAGUCCGGGAAUCAGCAUGAGUAGAAUGUACCCUUUUAUUUAAAAUGCAUCUCUGGGUUAUUUGUGGGGCCUGCUGGUGUUUUUACGUGAAUAGAAUGUGUGCUUUUAUUAAAAAUGCAUCUCCAGGUUAUUUGUGGGGCAUAGGAAUUCAUUUCCCUCCAAAAAAUAUAGUCUGGCCCCCCACAAGGUCUGAGGGACAGUGGACAGGCUCCUGCUGAAAAAGUUUGCUGACCCCUGAGAUAUAUAGUAUGCUUCAAUGCUUCAGUCUGCUUCAGUCUUAGAGAACAAUUUGGAAUUUAUUUGCUAAUCUUCAGUUCUCUGACUUUGGCAUGUGUGUGCUUUUAUCAUUUCCAGCCAUGUAGCUAUACAGAAAACACUCUAAACACAAGAGAGUUACUUAUUCUGUAAAUAUCCAUCACAAGACACUAUUUCUGUUUGCCUCUCUCAGGCUGAGUCCUAGAUAUAGAAAAGGACCAAUUUAGGGAAAAUGAGCUCUUUGGUUCUCACCUUAACCACACACUUUGCCAUUAAUCCCCAUAUUUACAAUGUUACUUAUAGCUGACAAGCUCAAAAUAACUUUCUGUAUAGUGAGCUUAAAACCUAGUUUCAAUAACAGGCAAAUUUAAAUUUUGAUGCAUUUUAAAUGAACUGUUGUUUACAUUUCAGAACUAGCUCCCCCAGGAGCUUCUUUCUAUAAAUGUAUACAUUGAGUUCCAUUUGAUUAAUAUGAAGCAGAUCUUUAUUUUUUCUUUUUAGCACAGUAUUUAGAGCUGUGACCCAUCUGGUAUACUGGACCUCUUGCAAACUGAACAUACGUAGCAAAGUUAUUUUGUCAUAGACAAGGCUAAUAUUUGGUUUGAGUCCCCAGAGUUGAUAGAACUUGUUUUUCUCAUUUUGAUUCAAAAACAGUUGCUAAUUUCAUACAGAAUUAUCCAUACAGCAUAUUUUAAAGCAUCAGCAAAAAUACACUAUAUCAUCAGUGUAGUCACACAAGAACACAUGCAAUUCAUAAAAAUACCGUAAACUUCGUACCAAACCUUUAAGGGCUCAAACCCCUUUCUCACAUCAUAGCUGCUUCUCCUCCUCCUCUUCCUCCUCCUCUAUUAUUAUUAUUAUUAUUAUUAUUAUUAUUAUUAUUAUCAUUAUCAUCAUCAUCAUCAUCAUCAUCAUUUAGUUACCAUACCUGCCCUUGACUGUAAAGUCCCAGGACAGAUUAUACAAUGAUAUAUGGGGGAUUCUAACAAUAGCUUGACUAUUAAAGGCCAAGGAGAAGUGCAUUAUCAGUGAUUGCCCAAAGCAGAUCCCUCUUGACACACCACUAUAGGAAAGGAGUUCUACAAUUUGGGGGGCAUUGUGAAAAAAGCUCUCCCAUCCCUCCAAGGGAGAUGACAUAAUAAAAUCCUCUUCUGCAAAUGCUGACUGCCAUAUAGGGAGGAAGUAAUCUUCCAUGUACUUGGGACCCAGAUUGUUUAGGCUUUAAAUAUGUUGACCUGGCCCUGGAAGUGAAUUGGCAGCCAGUGCAGCUGCUUCAGGACAAGUGUUAUGCUUGUCCUUAAAGAUAUCUGAGCAAAGAGCUGGGCUGCCCCUUUCUGCUGUAGUUGCAGCCUCUGAACUGUCUUCAUGGUAAGCCUUGUGUAGAAUGCACUGCCGAAGUCUAAACUGGAGGUUAUCAGAAUAUGGAGUACAGUGGCAAAGUUGUUCAGAAGGGUCUGGAGCUGGCAUACCCACCAGAGCUGGAAGUACCGGUAGAUGUUCCUAGCCACUGAAGCUACCCGGGCCUCAAGGGAUGAUGAAUCAAGGAGUAUCCUCAAGCUACACGCUUGGUUCUUCCCAGGGAGUCCAGAACAAGCCAUUCUGUACCUCAUGGACCUGAAAACUAGGCAGCCUCUGUCUAAUCUGGAUUGAGUUUCUGUGCCAAGAAAACAAACUCUGGGCCAAAAAGUAUUACAAUGCCUAUUUGAACUCUCCACUCUCUGCACCCACUCAUGCUGAGAGCUCCAAAGCACUUACUUUAGAAGAGUGAGUGGCAGGUAAUAUAUUAUCCAUUCUUUGUUCUUGCAUCUUGAAUAGGAGAGAAGAUCACACCUCCUAUUUGCAAUUCCUUUAACAAUAGCCUGGGUUUGGGGGGGGGGUGCAGGUAACAGGAAAUGUCCUCCCUUCUGAUCAGCAGGAGACCCACAGUCAAACCAUACAUUAUUUAAACCCACAAAGUGGUCAUUUAUGGCUGACUGUAUACAGACUCCAUGUCACUUCCUUUAUUGAGUGCCUCCUGUGCAUAUUACUUUUUGUAAUGCAUGAAGCAGCACUUUUAGUCAUUUAUCCAGUCCUGAUAAGCUGUCAUCAAACAGCUUGUCUAUGUAGGAGGCCUCCCUGAGGUAGCUCCUGCCACGGCUAAGCCAGCAACAAGGGGUGGGGGUGUAUGUGUGAAGAUUUUAGCAUAUGUUACUCUGAGCAUACUGGCUAUCUUGAUUGCUGGCUUUUAAUUUGCUACCCACACAGUGAACAAAAUUGCCUAGAAAUACAUAUAUUUUAAAAUGCAGGAUAGUCUCAACCGUAUCUAGAGAUGUGUGUAAAUAGAACUGUCUCCAAGAAUAUGUUGGGGAGAGUUUUAAAGAUAAAGUUUUCUCCUUUGCAAGUGAGUGAGGAAAGGUAGUUCUGGUAAAUAGUUACAGGCUGGGUAAAUGGCUACUGCUCAGUGAUCUGCAUAUAAGGAAUUCUCAUCUGUCAGCAGCCACCAGCCAUGAAGACUAGAAAGCUAGAUAGUACACAAAUAAUAUUCCAGGGUCAUGAAUGCUGUAUAUUUAUAGACCACAAGUUUGGAAAAAUGUCUGAUACGUGUCUGGCAAUACACUUUACAUUCUUCAAGUUGAAGAUCUUUAGCUUCUUAUGUGACUGACUUCCUAAUGCGAUUCUUGGAAACAACAAAUUUCUCAAACCUUUUGUUCUCUCCUGUAAGCUUUGGCCUGCUUAUAAACAAAUAGGAAGGAUGCAGCAGGGGUGUAUGGAGGUAUCAAAAAUAAAUUCUCAAAAAUGCUAUUAAAACUGCUUCAACACUUUGUAACAAUGUAUGCACGUGAUUGGGAGCUCAGCAACGCAACUAUUGGAGACUUUUUCCAGCCAGCUAUGAAACACUCCUGUCCCUUGGCCUUGAAUCGUUGGCAUUGCCUUUCUUGUCUAGGUACAUGUGAUGGGGAAUGUGAUGGGGAAAAUGACAGUUCAGACUAUGGACUCAGCUAUACAGCUGCAAAUAAAAUGUUUUAAAUGUCCCUUUACCUUUACCUUUAAAUGUGUUCUAAAGUGUAAUAUACAAAUGUGACAUUAGAUGGCGAAAGUGAGCUAUGCCAAAUUCAAUGUAUUUUUCAAUUUUUCUUAAAAAAAAACACAAGCAUUUUCACAGUGUUUUUUUUAAUAUGUUUCUAGAUGCCACCUGUAUGUAGUUUGAAGGAGAGAAAUGACUGUCAGGCAGCAUUAUUCAGUUCCAGGUAGUUAAUUACUGGCUCUAAUCCUCCUAAAUGCAAUGGUGAUUUGAUUUAACUGAUAAAUGCACCAGGGUCAUUGACAUAGCUGCAAGUUGGGGGGAAAUGCUAUUUAUGUGUCCCGUGUGCGCUUGAAGUGUUGUGUGAACAGAUGUAAAUUUGCCGGUCCUUUUGUGUAGUGGAGUGUAGCAGUAGAUAGCAUGCAGUAACUUGCUGAGAGACAAGUAACCAAAGUUCUGUGAGUGGACUCAAGAGCACACCAUCGCAUCUGUAUUAUUGUAGUGUUAGUUCUCAGUUUCAGCACCUUGAGUGAGGCAUCCUUGAGUUUCUUAUUUUAAUCUAGCCUUGCAGUUAGUUCUGUAAAGUUGCUCAGGUCUUCUUCCCCAGCUUGUAAAAGUAUUGUGAUAAUUACACUAACUAGUGCUCUGAGCCCUAUAAAACUAAGAGAAUGGGGUGUGUGUGUGAUGGCCCGAUUAGAAAGAAUGCUAUUAUAAGGAACCACUGUGCAUCUCUUUUCCCCGGACUGGAAACCUGUAUGGCUAUCCUAGCUGUAUCUGCUGGCUUUCAAGGGAUGGGAGAAUCAAGAGACUCUUCCCUAGGCAAUCAAAAAUCAUUGGGGUGGGGUAGGCAUGGCUAAUGAGGAUAGAGAACAUAGAAUCAUAGAAUCAUAGAGUUGGAAGAGACCACAAGGGCCAUCGAGUCCAACCCCCUGCCAAGCAGGAAACACCAUCAGAGCACUCCUGACAUAUGGUUGUCAAGCCUCUGCUUAAAGACCUCCAAAGAAGGAGACUCCACCACACUCCUUGGCAGCAAAUUCCACUGUCAAACAGCUCUUACUGUCAGGAAGUUCUUCCUAAUGUUUAGGUGGAAUCUUCUUUCUUGUAGUUUGGAUCCAUUGCUCCGUGUCCGCUUCUCUGGAGCAGCAGAAAACAACCUUUCUCCCUCCUCUAUGUGACAUCCUUUUAUAUAUUUGAACAUGGCUAUCAUAUCACCCCUUAACCUCCUCUUCUCCCGGCUAAACAUGCCCAGCUCCCUUAGCCGUUCCUCAUAAGGCAUCGUUUCCAGGCCUUUGACCUUCUUGAACUGUGGUGCCCAGAACUGGACACAGUACUCCAGGUGAGGUCUGACCAGAGCAGAAUACAGUGGCACUAUUACUUCCCUUGAUCUAGAUGCUAUACUCCUAUUGAUGCAGCCCAGAAUUGCAUUGGCUUUUUUAGCUGCCGCGUCACACUGUUGGCUCAUGUCAAGUUUGUGGUCAACCUAGACUCCUAGAUCCUUUUCACAUGUACUGCUCUCAAGCCAGGUGUCCCCCAUCUUGUAUUUGUGCCUCUCAUUUUUUUGCCCAAGUGCAAUACUUUACAUUUCUCCCUGUUAAAAUUCAUCUUGUUUGUUUUGGCCCAGUUCUCUAAUCUGUCAAGGUCGUUUUGAAGUGUGAUCCUGUCCUCUGGGGUGUUAGCCCCCCCCUCCGUAUUUGGUGUCAUCUGCAAAUUUGAUCAAAUUUGAACAAAAUGCACUCCCUUUAUUUGCUUGGUUGGGAGCAAUGGCUAAUUUCUUUUAUUUCCCCAAUAAAUGUUUCCCCUCCCCCUGUAGUGCAUGAGUUCUGAGAACAUUAUGAAAAUAACAUUGAUUUCAUUUUGGAAACAAAGAACAGUAUCUCUUUUCACCACAUAUUGUGGGAGGAGAGGACAUAUUUCAGCAUACCAAAGUUUGCGUGGCCUUCUGCAUGUUGUUUUUGAAUGUGCAUUUACCAUGGUUGGUCAGAUCUAUUUAAAAUCUUAUUUAAAAGUUAGUGGGUUUUAGCAGUUUUAUUUAAGAUUUUAUGCUGAUAAUGAAUAGUAUGUAUUUUAAGCAUGGUUUUUAGCUCUAUCCUUGUAAACAUGUUUUCUAGAAACUAAACUGGGUGUACUUAAAAUAGUUGUCCUGUUAAAUAUGAGUUACUAGAGGUUAUAUGAGUGGCAAGUCACUUGUGACAAAGGAUGAGUGGCAAGUCACUUGUGCAGUCUUAUUAAAAAGCAAUGAGGCCGAGAUCCUGGUAUAAACUGGGUUGUAGAAAAUAAAUCUCACAUUUAGCAUUAAGUAAUUACAAUUAAGUAAUUACAAUACUGCUUUCAAAACAACUGAUGUUCCCAGAAUACCUACAGCAGCAUUAAACUGGGCUGAUGUUUCUUUUUGGGGGGUGUACUUAAGUGUAUCUUUGAAUUUGUAUGUUUAGGAGUACAAUGAGAUCUCAGUUAAUAAGCAAGACUUUAGAUGGACAAGCUGAUAUAUUGAACAGAAUGAAACAACUUCUGUGCCAAGGUCCAACAGAAAAGAGAGACCUAAAAUAAACAGGGAAGCUAAAUAGAUGAAUAGUUCAUAGUACAAAAGUUCUUCAAAUUAAGGAAAACACGUUUGUUUUUAGUUAACAAGUGGAGGCAGCCCUGUACAUGAAAACAUUUGUUUGUGCCUUAUAUCUUAUAGAGCAGGAAAGCAAAUGUUCCUUUUCAGCUUAUGAAAUGGCAGUCAGUCUUUUACAGUACACAAUCAGAGAAGUUGCUUGAGGAGGCUGGCCUUUCUGAGGUGUUGAGAAGCCGAGCCUUAUACCUGUUUAUCUGAUCUCUGAUUGGGUAAAAACUGUUGCUAGGCUCACUUCUUUGUUCCUGGGCAAAAUUAGAAAGGGGAGUGUGGCAUGUUUCAACUGCUUCUGCUGCUUUGCUCAGUUCUGCUUGCUUCAUUUCUUCUCUUUUGUUCUUUUCCAGAGGUAUGAUAGAUUAGAAAUUUACACAACUUUUCUGAGUUUCAGUAGGUUAGUCCUAAUGAACAUAUAGAGGCAAAGAAAUCUAGUAUUGUUAUGUUUUCAAGAAAUUAAAACUUAGAAUCUUAAUGAAGAAAAUUAGAUUUAUUUAAUCUGAAUUAUAAAAAGUCACACAGGCAGCAAUUAAGGAAUAGUUUCUGGCACCUGGACAAUAAGAGUUGCCAGAGAAGAAAGAUGAAGGCUGUUGCUGGUUUUAAACACUGCAUGUUGAGUGUUUCCAUGACCCAAGAUACAGAAAUGCCACCAUAUGGCCACAUUUGUGAUAAUGUUCAUAAAGGCAAUGCUAUUAUUUUUAUUUCAUUCAUUUAAACUAAGCAAUUCAUAUACUCCUUAACUACAAUCAUCUCUAGGUGGUUACAGAACAUAGAAUAUAGAAAAGGGGGAAAUUGGUUAAAACUAUAAAACCAGAAAGCCUGCUGGAAGAAAAGAGAAUUCAAUAAGUGUCAGAUGUUCCACAGGCAGUUACAUAAAAUUGGGCGUACUGUACAAUACUGAACGCACAGCUCCUGAGGCAAGCAUCUGAGCCAUCGGGGGGCCACACAGUGACUCCCCCAAAGACCUCAGUGAUCAGGCAGAGAUAUAAGGGAUUAAGUGGUCCUUAAGAUAUCCUGUAGCAAAGUUGUUGAGGGCCUUGCAAAAUACUAUGAAACUGGUCCAGUAGCAUAUAGACAGACAGUGUAAACCUUUGAGCACCAGAAUUACAUGCUGGCAAUAAUCUGGACCCACAGCACUCUCACUGCAGUAUUUUGCACCAGCUAGAGUCUCAAGACCAGGACUAAGGGUAGCUCCACAUUGCAGUAGUCAAGCCUUGAGGUUACCAGUACAUGAAUCACCAUAGCCAGACAAUCUCAAUCCAAGAACGUUUUUAGUUCAAGCAGCUGAAUAGAUGUGUCGGCAUAAAAAGUUCUUCAAUAACUAUUUGAAAGUUAGCAAGGAUGCCUGUGCAAUCUCUCAUGGAAGAGUAUUCUAUAGCAUGGGAAUGGUGAUUCUAAGGCUAGAUCUAGACACAUCAAAGAAGCGUUUCAGGAAAACGCGUUGUAAACUUCGUAUGUGAAACCGCGUUGGCGAAACCCCAUCUGGUGUCAGUCCAGUCGUGGCCGACUCUGGGGUUGCAGCACUCAUCUCGCUUUAUUGGCCGAGGGAGCCGGCGUACAGCUUCCGGGUCAUGUGGCCAGCAUGAGCCAGAGCAGCGCACGGAAACGCCGUUUACUUUCCCGCCGGAGCGAUACCUAUUUAUCUACUUGCACUUUGACGUGCUUUCGAACUGCUAGGUUAGCAGGAGCAGGGACCGAGCAACGGGAACUCACCUCGUCGCGGGGAUUCGAACUGCCGACCUUCUGAUCGGCAAGUCCUAGGCUCUGUGGUUUAACCCACAGCGCCACCCGCAUCCCCAUAAUGCAUAUACAAAGCAUAUAAAACACUUUUUCUUUACUUAUCCAGAUGAGUCCUAAUGGUUCAUAAUGUUCUAGUGUUGGUCGACACUUUGACACGAAUAAUAUCUAUGGAAAUCAUGGUACUAUUAAGUGCAUUUGUACUGUGUCAUUUACAAGACCAAACUUGAAAUUGUUCAGUAAAUAAGCCUUCAGAAGGGGAUUCCAUACUAGAAUCAUAUAACUACAAAUGAAACACUGAAAUAUUAUGUGUUGUUGUUCUUAACUGCAAACAUCACUGCUGUAUUGUGGAUUUAUAUUUUAGUAGUUCGUUAUUAGGAGGGAGUUAAGAUUUUCUGCGUGGAAGUUUUCUUUGUUUAUACAGGCUGUCCUAGGGUUUUUGGGAAGUGGGUUCCAUUAUACUUCCCUUAUCUUUUUCUUGUUUAUCUCUUGCUAGUACAGUGUAAAUAAUGAUAUUUAGAUGGGGGGAAGAGUUGCUGGAUAUGCAAGGACUUGAUAUUUACAUAUAGUACUUGUUUCAGUCUUAACAUUGACAUUGGUAUUUUGGAUGUUAAUGUUUGCUUGAUCUGAUCUAGGAGAACUUCAGAAUGAGGGUGGUAGAAGAGAUAUAAUGAAACAAAGUUUUUAGGCUGUAUGAGAAACAGUUAAAAGUACAUUGGAUCCACCAGGUAUGGCUUUGCAUAUCUGAUCUUUCAGCGUCCACCGAAAAAAAGUCACGGGGGGGGGGGCGGAAGGUCAGAGCAUUAGUGCCUAUUAUCUGUUUGUGAGUUGAAAGAAACUUAUUCUAAAUGAAGUUGUGGGUGUAAACCAAGUGUGGGGAACUUUUGGCCCUCCAGAUGUUGCUGAACAACAACUCCCAUCAGCCCUGGCAAACACAGCCAAUGGACAGAGAUAAUGGGAGUUCUAGUUCAGCAAUGUCUUGGAGGUCCAACAGUACCCCAUAUCUGAUGUAGAGCUGUUUUGUAAUGACAAUACAGCUUCUCUUUUUGCCUAUGUGCACAAUCAGAUCAGGAAGCUGUAGUGGAAAAAGCGGAAGAAAAACCGAGGAGGUAUAGGUUUGGCUUUAGGCAGCCAACCCUUCCUGUGAGUCCUUGCAGGAGCACUCCUGCCUUCAAGGGUGGCCCAGCUGGGGCUUGAUUGCCCUGAGUAGGAGCCCUAACUGCCACAGGUGGCGGCCAUGGAGAUAUCCAGCCGCACCUAGUUGAGGCAGGUAUAAAUAGUGCAGGGCAAUGGGGUCAGGAGGGAGAGGAUGAUGGACCCAAACACUGCUGAGGCUUCCCACGGUUGGAUCUGGUGUUAUAUGUGAGUGAAGGUCUGGUGGGGGAAUUGUUACUUUGGAAGUUGUUCCUUUGGGGUUACUUCUUGGUGGUAGAGUGUUUUGUGUUACUGUGUAAGAAGGUUUAAGGAGGUUUAUUAUUGAAGGUUUAAGGAGGUUUACUGUUUGAGGGGUUUUGUUUUUGUUACUCGUUAAGGCAUUUUUCCUGUUCUGUUGAAAUAAAAAUAUAUUUCCCCUCAUAUGUUAACUACCAAAGAUCCUUUAAAGAACCUGUAGAAUUAACUGGCAAAACAAAAGCCAAUACUCAUGGCAGGAUAGAUGCCUUCCCCACCUAUUUCCAAGAUUCUUUAUCACUAAACUGUGUUAGAGUAAUAUGUGAAGCAGUGUCCAACUCCCCUUAGCAUCAUUAUAUUUUUGUUGUUCAAGCAACAGUAGUUUGACUUCCUUUAAUUACUGAUUUAUUUUGGUGUGUCAAAUAUGCAUAUGAACAAUAAAGAAGAUAUAGGCAACCCCCCCUUUUUUUAAAUCCACACGUAUUGAGACAAAUUUUUGAGAGACAAGUAAAAUAAAGAGCCCAUUAUCCUGUCACAGUUGAGAGCAAUAACACUUUUUUUUUUUGCAAGUUCAGCAAUUUUCCUCCCUGAAGGGAGAUAUGUAUUGUAAACACUGUGAACCAACUGUACACAAAUCCCCACACGGAGUUAAUGUGCUUUGUACAGAGCAAGUGAAUACAUGUUGAGUCAACUGAAAGCUUUGGCUUCUGCAACUUUAUUUUUCUGUUUCCUUUCAGUUCUUGAAAAAUAGUGCAAAUUGACACGCGCUCACUCAGUCACAAGGACUGACAGAACAUCUUUUUAACCUUAGUGAGGAGCUUUGGAGCCCCUGUUUGUAGGAAUUUGUUCAUGAAGAUGAUGGAAGUUUGUGGAAAUAUGCAGACCAGUUGUUCCCCAGCAACAACUAGCAUGUUGCAUCAUUUUCUGGCGUGACACAGUUAGCAAGGAAAGCUGUGGCUGGAACGUGGGCAAAGGACUGGGAACUUUGAAAUCAGGGCAGAUCGGAGAGGGAGAGGACAAUGCUGAUGCCCAGUAAAUCGCCUGAAGAAGCUAGCAUAGCCUAAAGUGAACUGCACCUUUUGAACAGAGCCCUUUUCGUUUUGCAAGCCUUUCCUCAACUGGGAAGGGUCCAGUUUUUGAGAAGACUUGGUUCCCCUUCCCUGUUGUGGUGGUGGUUGUUAUUGCCCUCCACCCAGCAGUAUCCCUAAGCGCCUAUUCCGUGGCAGGGAGGCAUGCCAGACAGAGCCAGGCUUCGUAAGCGCUGCCAAGAGCGCUUUCUAAGAUCAUAAGCGAACUUUAUUUGGAGAGUGGGAGGGGAGAGGGCUGGUAGUUGGCUCCAGGACCUGUCGCUGCCUGCAGCUGGGAUAUUGUGCCUCGCCUUGUCAGCGCUAAAGAAAAAACGCGGCGGCUUCUUUAUUAUUAUUAUUUUUCUGCUUAAAGAGAGCGGUUGAGAAGGGAGUCUUGGGAGAGCAGGCGAUGAGGGUCGGGGUCGCCGUCAGGAGCUCGCGGCCCGAGUCAGGGGGACGGGGCGUAAAUCCACGUGCCGCUCUCCCCGGAGACCCUCGGUCCUUCGUUUUCGCCCCCCUUCCCAGGCGCUUUUGCCUGCCUGCGAGUCCCUCCGCUUCCCGGUCAUUGGCGGGCAGCCGCCAAAGGGGGCGGGCUCUGCUGGGCCUGUUGUUUGUGCUGGGCCUGCCCGCCCACAGGCUGGCAUUUAAGCCUCGGCCUGCCGCCCUUGCUGAGGCGAGGAGGCGGUCGCGCGCUCUGAGCAGCACCACCAGCAGCUCCUCCUCCCCGUGACCCGAGCUAGUAGGCAUGCAGCUGGCCAGCACAGCCAACCGGACCUCGGGCUUCUGCUGCAACCACUGCGGAAGCCAGCAGUGCCGCAAGGUAAAAAAAGGGGGGGAAGGGGGGGCUUGAACCAGCGGGAUGCAUCGGGAGGAGGGGACUCGCUUCGGGCUCCGAGGUGCUUCAGUCUGCUGCUUGUGAAGUAGAGUCGGCUCGCGCGCCGCUUGUUCGGCUGUCAGUCAACGGGAGUGAGAACGAGCGAGCCUGAGGUAGAUUCAGCUGUUUACGGAAAGGCUCCCAGCUUCAGGUGUUCUUGCUGGCUUCGUCGGCGUCGCUUGUCAUUUCGCCACCCCCACCCCCCACUUGCAUGCUCUUAGGUUGGGUUGCAGAAAAAGCAUGUAGGGGAAGAAUAGCACCUUUUUUGAGGGGGCGGGGAGAUGCUGGAAGCGUUGCAGCGUUGUGAGGAUCUGCUUCUGAAUCCCCUGGUUUGCCGUAUUGGCGUGUUCUUGAAGGCUCAUUUGGUCCUCCUGCUAAGAACCUAAGGGUGACUGGCUUGUAAAAGAUCCUCUUCUGUGGUUUCAACAGACCUGGGAAAGCAAUUCUACAUAGAGUCAAGGGCAAUUAUUUAAGUGCCAUUGUUGUCUUUAAAAGUUGUUGGGUGUGCUUCGAAACUGGGUAUUGCAGCCCAUUUUAAUGCUUAAAUGUCGGAAUUGUUUUGUUUGUAUUGUUUAUUCAUGGAUGGCAAUAUUUCUCCCUUGAAAGCCUCCUGCAGCUCCUGCAGCUUUAUUUUGGAAGGGCUCAGGUGUUUGGAGGACAAAGCUGGUUUUUGCUAUGUGCAUGUUCUAGAGUAGCAUACAAACGAUUGUGAUAAUAGCUAUGGGGUAGCCAACGUGGUGCUUCCCAGUUGAUUCUGGAUUAAAACUUUCAUUAUCCCUGAUCAAUGGUCAUGAUGCUUGAGACUGAUAGAAGCUGAAGUCCAAUAACAAGGUGGAGGGCACAGCACUGUCUACCCUACCCCUGCACUUACUUUUCAAAUCCCAAACACAAACUUGAUCAACAAAUGAAAAACCACUGUAAUAGUCUGCAGUCUUUUCAAAACCACCUUCUAGUAUAAAGUGUACUGCUCAAGUUCCCUUCUGUGGUUAGAAUUUUUGGAGAAUGUGGGGAAAACUUAGUAAAAGUGUUGAUGGGGAAAUUAAAUGUGGAACUUCACAUCGAACCACAAUAUCAGUUUAUGAAUAACAGUAACUAAUGCUAGAAUUUUCCAGUCUCCUGCAUUCUUACAUAUCAGAAAUAUAACUUUGGAGACAUCACAAGGAUCUUAGUAGUACUUCUCUUAACUAAAAGUAAUUAUUUAUGCAUGACUGUAGUUAAGAACAUAAAAACAUGAAAACGGGAGCUGAAAUAUUAGCAGUAAAUUACAGUACAAUUUUGACAGCAUAUUGAUAAGCAAUUAAACCUACUUGAUUUAUGUCUGAACUUAGUUGGAAUGUUUAACAUUUAUAUACAGGCACUACAAUAUUUUCUCAGUUUCUAAAAAGUCCUCUGAAGGCAUCGAGUGCCAAAAUUGUAAAUAACUGGCAAAUAAUUUAAACAUCUGAAAGUGAUGUAAGUUGUCAGUCAUGAAUCAUAAUGUUAUUCAGAGACUAGGCUACAGUGGGAACAGUGUGUGUGGAUAACAUCUCUGACUAAGCAAAGAGAAGCUCGUUGACUGUCUACCUUACUGCCCUGCAAGUAGCGAGAGGCAUGCCAUUUUUAUGCACAAGAGGGACAAAAAGAAUAGUAUGCCUCUGAGUCUAGAUAGCUCUCUUGGAGACAGUACCAUUCUUGUCUCAAGCUGAAAUGAAAACAUGAAUUUUCAGUGUGUAUCAGUUUGUGUAGAGAUGUCAAAUACUUUAAUGCAAUGACUGCAAUGCAUUAACUGUACUGACAUUAACAGUAUCAUGAUCAGUGAGUUAUUGUCUUCAAGUGACAUUUGAGCAAGGCAUGGAAGUUUUAACUUGCUCUCAUGUAACUAAAGAGGUACAAUACUGUGGUUUUAUAAAACACACAUUAUUUCUGUACUGAAAAGUGAGAACAAGAGCAUUGGAAAUAUCUACCCAUGGUUGGAACCAUGGGCGGCUCCAACACCAAACUAGUUCAGUUUCAGUUUAACAUAAGAAGAGCCUGCUAGAUCAGGCCCAUCUAGUUCAGCAUCAUGUUCUCACAGCAGCCAACCAGAUGCCUGUGGGAGAUCCACAGGCAGGACCUGAGGACCAAAGUGCAUGUGCCUCCUGUGGUUUCCAGCAACUGGUAUUCAGAAACAUACUGCAUCUGACCAUGUGGGCCGAGUGUAGCCAUCAUGGCUAGUAGUCAUUGACAGCUCUUUCCUGAAGGAAUAGUCUAAUCCUCUUCUAAAGCUAUUGAAGUUGAUGGCCAUUGCUUCCUCCUGUGGGAGCAAAUUCCAUAGUUUAUGCAUUGCUUGAAGUACUUUCUUUUAUCUAUACUGAAUACUGAAGCAUUCAGCUUCACUGGAUGUCCACAACUUCUAGCAUUAUGAGAAAUUGCUAAAGCAGUUAACAUGCUUAGUGUUGGCUCCUUUGGGAAGAAGGAUGGAGUAAACAUGUUUUUUUUGUGUGUGUGUCUGGAAGAACUUCCUGACAGUAAGAGCUGUUUGAUUGAGAGUGGAAUGGAUUCCCUCAGAAGGUUGUGGACUCUCCUUCCUUGGAGGUUUUUGAGCAGAGGUUGGAUGGCCAACUGUCAGGGAUUUUUAAGCUAUGAUUCCUGAAUUGCAGGGGGUUACACUAGAUGGCCCUUGGGGGUGCCUUCCAACGCUACGGUUCUCUGAUUCUAAGCCAGUAAGCAAUAUAAUAAUCAAAUAUAGUGUAAAGGAAUCUUAGAAAUACAAAAGAAAUCAAAUCUACAUACCAAAUAGAACUUAACUGUGUCUCAAAAAACUAUGCAGACUAAAAAAUACAAUACAAAAUAUUAAUAGUCAGGUACAAAUAUUUUUAAAUGUUACCCUGAGCUGUAAAAAAUGAUGCCCAACUGCUCAUCAGACCAACUGCUACAAACAGCAAAAAGAGCAAGGAAGCAGGGGAAGAGAAAGAAAAUGGGGGAGGGCAGGAGAACAAAAGAAAAGACAAGAUGAGGGGAGUUUCAUCAUCAUCAUCAAUUUGGACGCAGCUGGUUUCAGUCUUCCCCUUCUGAUGUCAGCCCAAGGAUAGUGCCUCUCCCUGUUCCCAAACUGCUCAGCAUCUCCCAGAAGCAGCACUCUUUGAGCAGCACUCUUUGAAUAAGUCUGUGGGCCUGGUGUUUCAGAUAGGCCACAGCAGGUUUCAGUUUUCCCCCUUCUGACUAUGUAGUCACACCACGCAAGGAUUGGCCCUGAUAUAGGUAUGCAGAUGGCUUUUUCUAAUCACAUUAAUUGUAAAGGUAUAUGGCAAGUCCACUCACUAAUUUUGUAAUGCAUGUUGUGGCCCUUGCCAAAGGUUCUUGCCAAAUAUUUUCCCACUGUCUGCUGACUUGUAGGAUUCUAGUUGUGCACUGGAGUCUGUUGAUGCUUUUAGUGAAAGUAUUGUGGUACAUGUGUUUCAGAUUGGCAUGAAAUUUCAAUCUGAGAAAUCAUUGCUUGUUCUUUGUCAUUUUUAAACAGUGAACUUAAAAACACAGUUGCACAUACUUUUGUGGUUAAUGCAUGUAACUCCCACACUCAUGCAAAAACCUUCGAUAAGAUUACAGCUGUGUUGCUUCCUGAAAGAUACUGACAGAUUUCACAUUCUGGUUUGCGGAUGUGCAGAGAGGUACUUCAAAAGCCUUUAGUAUCACUGACAUUAGUCAACUGGCAGCUGUGUGCUGAACUCCUUGUUCUGGACACUUUGCCAAGUGCUUUAUGCAAAACUAGGUUUGCAGUGAACCAGGUCUCAUUGUUUUUAAUGGCAUCAGUAUGGUAUACUGUAAACAAGUGUGGCUUGUUAUGAAGCACAGAUAGAAAAUUUCCACAGACAGCACUUCUGCAACAAGGACAGUUCUGUUGGUUUCGGUGGUGAAUUCUUUCUUUCCCCUGAAACCACAGCUGAAAUGUUUAUAGCUAAAAGUUCAGAUAGUGCAAUUUUCUUUUCUAGGAACUUGGAAUUAGGAUCCCUAGACCACUGGGACAAGGACCAAGCAGAUUCAUCCCAGAGAUGGAGGUGCGUGGUGAUUUACAUUUUGCAAGUACACAGAGAACUUGUUACAUUUUUUGGUGGUGGUGAAUCUAGUAUUGGCUGAGGAACAGCUGCAAAGUAUUAUUCGCAUGUCCACAGUAAAUCAUCAGGAGUUUGGCAAGAAUUCUGCUGAAUUAGAAAACAGUAAUGUCCAUGUGGAAUUUUGAUAUUUAAUGGCACACUCAUACUAGCUUGUCUUAAUAAACCCAGUGUUGUUUGGAUACUAGGUAAGGAUUAGCUUGCCCUUUAAUUGUAGUGGACAUGUAUAUUUGUUUAAAUAUAAUUAACCAGCAUGUUUUUAGUGCAUAGUGUGAGUGUAUGAGAGAAGGUGAACAAGUGAUCUUCCUGGGCUACUUCACACGCUGGCUGAUAUAAAACUUGGGUGGUAAUAAGAGGCUUUAUCAAUGUGGCUUUGGUUAACAUUACGCCAAGCUUAGUAGUCAUAAACAUGUUUCCCACAACAGCUAACUAUUUAAAUAGCUCAGCAUUUUGGGGUACUACUGUUGCCUCUAUAGGCUAGCAUACUGCCCUUCAAUAAAUAUAUGUUCCCUGUCCACUUAUCUCUGUUAAAAUUUGAUAUAAAUCCUGAGGUUACAGGGAACCAGGCAGAGGGCUUUCUCAGUAGUGGUGCCCACCCCAUGGAACACCCUCCCAUCAGAUGUCAAGGAAAUAAACAGCUAUCAGACAUCUGAAGGCAGCCACAUAUCAGGAAAUUUUUAAUGUCUGAUGAUUUACAAUUUUUAAUAGAUGGUGUAAGCUGCCCAGAGUGGCUUAGGAAACCCAGCCAGAUGGGUGGGGUAUAACUAAUAAACAUAUUAUUACACGUUAUUGAUCCAGCACACAAUUUGCUAUACUUGGGGAUUCACUAAAGUCCUUCAGUUAUGAGAAGCAUCUCAUUUGGUAUAUUAAGAUUUAAGAACUGAUUUGGAGCUAGUAAAUAUUAACAAAUAUUCAUAUUGGCUGCUAUGUCUUUAUUUCUUACACUGUUUUGCUACUGUUCUUUUUCUAAUUCAAACAGAUUAUCCAAGUGAGCGCUGAAGAUACCCACAUGCAUGCUUUGUUUGCAGAGUCUUUCACCACUUUAGGGCAUUUGGACAACAUUGCCUUGGUGAUGGUUUUCCACCCACAGUACCUGGAGAGCUUUUUAAAAACUCAGCAUUAUCUGUUGCAGAUGGAUGGCCCACUGCCUCUUCACUAUCGACACUACAUUGGUAUCAUGGUAGGUUAAACUAUGAAACAGAAAGCAAUGGCAGUAUUUUGUACAUCUUUUAAAGUUUCUAUAUCAGAUAUGGCUGUACUUAAGAGAAACUUAGUAUCUUUACAAUCUCUUUGGCACUAAACUAAAAAACAUGUAUGCUCACCCAUGCAUUUUAUUCCUGUGUAUUUUAAUAAUUUAGUUUUUGUUUCUUUAAAAUGCUUAAGUGACUGUACAGUCAGAAAAUUCUAAAUUGAAUGAAGUGUGUGUGUGUGUGUGUGUGUGUGUGUGUGUGUGUAUAAAAUAUAAAUGAAGUUUGUUAAUUUUGUGGGAAUUCUGUGUUCAUAUUGUGGCUAACCUGUAGCCCUUUGGUAAUAUUGAGCUGCAAUUCCCAUCAGCUCCAGCCAGCAUGACCAAUGGAUGGUAAUGAUGUGAUUUCAAGUCGAACAACAUCAGGGGUCCACCGUUAGGCAUCUCUUGUGCAUGUUUGUUGUGCAUAUUGGUCAGAAAGUAUGGAGGAACAAAGGUGUUUAAUUUUUGCAAUCUGGAACACUUAUUUCUAAUAUUUCUACUUAUUUCUACAUUAUAAUUUUUCAGUGGCUAGAAUAGCAGAGGAAUUAUUUAAGGCAUUCUAGCUAGUAGUAGUCAGCGGAACAGGGCAGCUGCACUCACCUGACCUCCUGUUACCCAUGCCACUGCUGCUUACUGAGAGCGAGAGGUGGAGUGACAAAGGCAUGGUGCAAACACACAGAUGGGAACACUGGAUUGUGGCUCUACAAGUGCAUUUGUACCUUGCUUCUGCCUCUCCCCUUCACCUCCUGGUGACCACCACCAGCAAAGGCGACAGGAAGGUGAGGUGAGUGGCCUCAUCCUGUCAGCUUCUACUUAUUCUGGCAGUUCUAUUUGCCCUGAACAAAUCUGACUGCAGCAGUGGGGAAAAGGUUUCACUGGUCUAAAUCUCCUUUCCAAGCUGCUAUUAGUUCUUCCUGGAAAGUAAUUGUAUUCCCCCCCUCCAAACAAAACAAAUGACUGAAAUGCGCAUAAUUCAGGGCAAACAAUAGGGAGGUUUUUUUUGGGGGGUGAUAGAUUUAGAUUAGUGAAAUAAUGUAGGAGAGGAAAAGGUUUAAACAACUUCUUUCCUAGCACUGUUGCUGCAAUCAAAUUUUGCCUCGUGGCUGCUUUUAAGCAAAAUCUAAAAUGGCAAGAGACCGAGUCACGCAUCUUUUAAUACUUUGUAGUUGGCUCAUUUGUGACCAAAUAAUUUAAGACUGUCUGUUGAGGUUCUAGUAUUAUUGCUGCAGCUUUCCAGGAAAUCUGUCGAACAAAGAGAAUGACAGUUGUGGGAGGAAACAUCUAAUGAUGGCUGUUGUUAAAACAGUGUUCAAGCUGUUUUCUCUAGCCUUCAUGUAUAAAAGGGAUUGGAGGAACUAGACUAAAAUAGCAGAAACAAAGUAUCUCUGAUAUAUUUAAGUUAAAAUUAUGGGCUGCAAUCUUAUAUAAUUUUACCUGGAACAAAGUGGCCCUUUUUUGCAAGGACGUCUUGUGUAAAAGAAUUUGCCCUUUCUCUUAUACCCCCUCCCCCCGCAUGCCCCCUAAAUCUGUUCUGGGGGCAUCCUCCAAUCCUCUGGAGCAAAUUGGGAGGGGGUUGCAAGGAGAUAAGGGAGGAGAAGUUCUGUUGCUUGAGUAUUUGUGUGGAAAGAACAAUUUCAUUGGAUGCAACCAGUCAGUGGGACUUGAUUCUGAGUACACUGGUUUAUAAAGUGAAUACAUUUGUAUAUGGUAAAGAAAUAAAAGUUGCUGUUGGUACUGCUUUUGCCAUAUACAAAGCACACACAGAAAUAAACCACUAAGCAAACAAAAUACAUAAACAUUACAACACAGGCAGGUUUGGUUUUUUGUUGCUGUUUCCCAUUCUUGAGCAUAGCUAUACUCUGUAAUUAUCCAUAUUGAUAGGCAAGGAACUUCCCUGCAGGGAAUCUCUGUUUGAUAGUUCUUGUGCUUGUUUUUCCUCCAGGCUGCAGCUAGGCACCAGUGCUCCUACUUGGUUAACGUCCAUGUCAAUUGCUUUCUUCAUGUUGGGGGAGACCCUAAGUGGUUGAAUGGUCUAGAGAAUGCACCUCAAAAACUGCAGAAUUUGGGUGAAUUGAAUAAAAUCUUGGCACACAGACCAUGGCUCAUUACCAAAGAACAUAUUGAAGUGAGUAUUUUACUUACUUACUUAUUUACAUAUAAAUACUAUAUAUGUAAGCUCCCUUAACAUUUUUAUUUAUAUUUAAAGCUUUUCAAGCGUCUCUAGUAUUUUAAUCCAUACCUUUUUAAAUAUUUACUACCACGUGCUGUGUCAUAAGAUGCUAAAACAUUCAAACCAUCUUAAUAGAAACACAAGUGCUAAGUGUCUGUGCUGAACAACAUUCUUACUUGGAAAUUUACUACUGGGAUACCAGCUGGUUGGUUUUUUUUGGGGGGGGCAUGGCAUAGUACUAGGUACUUGCCAAGUCUUGAUAUAGAGCUCUCAGAUGGAUGGGCACCAUCCUUAAACUAUGAUUCAUGUUGUUUGCAUAUAGCACCUGAUGCUGAAGGAUCAUUUAGGGACAUGGUAGGUCCAAGUGCUUUCUUUUCUUUUCUUUUCUUUUCUUUUCUUUUCUUUCUCUCUUUCUCUCUCUUUCUUUCUCUCUCCUUUUUGAACCCUGAGAUUAACCAUCUAAUGUUUAUUUCCAUUUGUCAAAACAAAACAGAAUUAUUAUUUUUAACUAGCUCUCAUUAUACUAGACAGUAUCAUUUUAGUGUAUCAGUGACUAAUUUGUCCCUGAACACCUGACCUUAGAUACUUUAAAAAGUAAUUAGAAAUUAGUGUUUAGGAUUAUUUAGUUUCCCAUAGCUUAGCUAGCGUACAUUUUUGUUUCAAAAUUAUCUAAACUACCUUCAACUUUGAUAAUAGAGCAAUAUCAUGUAUAAAGUUGCAGAGCUAUAAAGUAUUCACCUAGUUGAAAAUCUUGUUCAUGGGUAUUCAGUCCCUGCAUUUAGUAGGAUCUUUCUGAUAUAAAAGCAUGAGUGUGUGUCAUGCUAGAAACAUCUGUGGCCUUAUUGUAUAAUCAGAUUUGUGAGGUAGCUACAAGCAAAGUUUCUAAGAGAACUUAUAAAUCUUUUUUCCUCCUGAAGCAACUUCUAAAGACUGAAGAACAUAGCUGGUCCCUGGCAGAACUGAUCCAUGCUGUAGUUCUCCUUACACAUUAUCAUUCGCUUGCGUCCUUCACAUUUGGCUGUGGAAUCAACCCAGAAAUUCACUGUGAUGGUGGUCACACGUUCAGGCCACCUUCUGUCAGUGGCUACUGCAUUUGUGAUAUCGCAAAUGGAAACCAUGGUGUGUAUGAGACGCAGGGCCCAGCUGCAAAUAUUGCUGUAAGUAUUUCACAUAUAUUAAGUAAGUUACAUACAUGAACAUUUUUUUCCAGCAUUUCCACUGGUAGUGAAGUAUAUGUACAUGAAAGUAUAUGAAAAAUCCCAGUAGCACUUUUUUAUUCAUUGGGGGUGGGGGCACAAAUCAGUGGCUUUUCAAAGCAGCAAAUGUAUUUGUACUUGUAUGAACGUAGAAACUGUAUUUGUAUUUUCUGAAGCAAACACAUCAGGGAAGCCCAGUUAGACCAAGGUCCCUAAAUGUGGAUAACGUACAGCAGGCAUAGGCAAACUUGGCCCUCCAGAUGUUUUGGGACUAUGACUCCCAUCACCCCUAGCUAACAGGACCAGUGGUCAGGGAUGAUGGGAGUUGUAGUCCCAAAACACCUGGAGGGCCGAGUUUGCCUAUGCCUGACGUACACACUUGAUAUGGAAAAUACAAGUGUCAGUUCAAGAAAUUUAUUUGCCGUGAGAGGUGUGGAGCUGAUCUGAGUUUCCCAAAAUUGAACUGAAAUUGUUCAAGUCCUCACUAAUUUAAUAUGAUGGCUUAGUUCAGGGGUCGGCAACCUAAGGCCCAUGGGCCACAAGCAGCCAACAGGGGUCGUUUAACCAGCCCACAAACCACCUGCUCAGCGAGUCCCCAUGGGCUGUGCUAAACCAGCACAGUGUGGGGACUCACUUCCGCAGCGCCGAAAAUUGUGGGCGUGAUCUAGCCCACGGAGGGAUCUCCACUGGAGUGAACUGGCCCAAGGCAAAGUAAACCUUGCCGACCCCUGGUUUAGCUGGUCUAGUGACUUUUGCCAUUGUCAAAAACAAUGUGUCACUGAGAAUUAUCAAAAGGUUCCUAAGGUGAGAGACAGGCUUACCAUGAAGCAGAUUCCAACUCCCAAGAAUGCACAUACACUUUGUAUAUAUGUGUAUUAUUAUUAUUAUUAUUAUUAUUAUUAUUAACAACAACACAAUGUGAAAAGCAGUCCUAAUGAAUUUCAGUUAUAAAAAACACAUCACAUUUCACAAGUGAGAUGUUUAAUCAGGAAUGUUGCUAUCUUUUGCGGGUGGGGGGUGAAGUACUAGCGGGAAUAGAGCAUUUGUUUUAAUUAUUCCUAACAUCUUUUACAUCAAACUACAGCCUGAGAACAAGGUGAUAGACAGAAAUUGGAUGUUAUGUCACUUAUGUUGGAUGUUAUAUCAACUAAAUUUUCUUGUAGGCAUGUGAUGCCAAUUUUAAAUGUAGCUGUUGUGUUUUUUGUUAAUAGCAUUUUAAGAAUGUGCAACCUUUUUUUGAAAUAGGCAUUUUUAAAGAACUUUAGAUCUUUGGACAGCAUUUUGCACAAGCUGCAGCUUUUGGACAAAACUUAAUAGGAUGUACUUCAGUUGAAGCUACUAAUGCAUCAAACACUGUAGCCAGGUAUCCCUGUCCAGAAACAGCUAUAACUGUUAAUUCUGCAUUACAUCAUUGCAUAAUAAAGGCAAAUAGAAUAUCCACGAAACUGAGGGCACCAUUGAAUUUAAGGUAGUAAGCAGGGAGGCAUAGAACUGGAACAUGGUAUAAUGCUUAUACUUACCUGUGACUGUAUACUCUCAGUACAAUAUCCCAAUGCAUUAGAAUAUUGGUUUGUUUUUUUAAGACCACCGAGCCUUUCUGUGAAGUAGAAGCACUUAUGGAAAAACUGAAGCAACUACAGGAAUGCAGAGAUGAUGUUAAAGCCAGUCAAGAAGAAAAGGCCACUCGUUUUGAGAAGGAAAAGAGAGAAAGCAUGUUGGUGUGUUGCUCAGGUGGGAACAUAGUUAAAGUCAACAUAUCUUUAAAAACCAUCUUGGCUUGUGGCGCAUGUCUUAGUGUUGCCUAUCAAGUUAAAUAGCAAAAUGCUUUUGUCAAUUCCAGAUCACAGCAAGUUUCCACUGUCAUGAAUAGAUAAUGAAACACCACAUUAAAACACUGAUCUCCUUUAUAACUCAAAAUCUUAAUUACAAGUUAAUCGGUUCAUCUGGGUAGUUGCCCAAGACAAACCUACGCAUGUAGGGAGGUAUGUUGCCAAGGGAUGUGUGUGUUGGGAUGCCCCACCCAGUGUGUCUACUGCUUAAUUAAGGUGACCCUUUCCCACUGGCUGUCAGCUAACACUAGCAGCAGAAGAGAGCCCUGGCCUUCCCUACUUGGAACAGCCACCUAGAGUCGUUUAUUUCAUUUGUUAGGCACCUACACAAGAAAGUCCAGGUAUAUUAAAAUGAAAACACAAACCCAGCAACAAGUAGAUCUGCAGUCUGCUUGCACCUAACACUGUUGCUGUGCACUUUAUUUUGGAAUAUAAUGGGGUGUGGGAGUAUGGACUUUGUUUCCAUCAACACUGUUGAUUGUACCAAGACCACAGCUAAUCUUGUGUACCUGACCAUGCUUGUUACUUCUGUGAGUCUGGAGUUUAUGGCCUCCCAAUAGGGAGUGAGUCUGUAUCUGGAGUGUUGCCAUACCAACACAGAGAAAGCAUUAAAUAUUAGGAACUGUUUGCCAUUAACAUGUAUACAUGAUUAGGUGGAAAUACGCAGGCAAAAUAGUGCUUGAAACUAAAGAUGUCCUCCUUUUGCUAUACUUUGGUUUUACUCCCAUCUUAAAUUCUGUUUAUAUCCUCCUUUCCACUGCCAUAUAAACCUAGAAGCAGGAUGUUGCUAGUUGUUGACAUGGUUUUCUGUAGCAUUCAUUUUUUAUUGUAUCUUAGAAAGUUUAGUAUUGUUGUGUCAGUGCAGUGUCAUGUCAAGAGCACAUGGAUACAAGGACAUACCCAAUGAAAAACUAGUGUAGUGUUGGGCUGCAUGUGAUCCCAAAGUUUGGCUGAAAUCCUAAAAAUACUGGCUUUCAGCUUAAAGCAACAAUGUGUUUCAAUCCCAUCUGACCAUACUGACGAGCUUGAAAUAUACAGCCUGAAAUGCUAAGACCAGAAACAAGAAGACUUGUUACUAAUUUCUGGCCCUGUAUUUUUUUCUGUUCAUCAAGUCAGGCGUUUCUUCUCAAGGGCCAUUCUCACAUUUGAAAAUAGUUAAGAAAUGCAUCUGUACUUUGCAUCUGCCGUGUAGAGAAAUUAUAUGCUCACUACUUGCAUUAAUAUGUGGAUGUUACUUAUUUUAUUUAUAUACUGCCCUUCAUGGUUCACAGCAUAAAAAUACAAAAUAAACACAAAAUACAGAGUUACGGCCUUGAAUUUCACAUAACUGAAGGAUAGGGAACUGGCGGCCCUCUAUCAUAUAGGUUCAGUGCUGCAUUUUAAAAAAGGUUUUGUCUAAUAAACUAUCAAUUUUAAUUGAUUUCAUGUGUAUUUAGUUUGUAUCCCUUUAGUCUAGAAAAGGAUUUUCAAUUUUUAAAUUGUAGCCAUUUGCAUCAGGGCUUUCUGUGUUAAGUUUUGCAAUGUUUUGUUACAUUUUUAACAGAAGAUGAAGAAUCUGUGCCAACAAGAGAUGUGUCUCGCCACUUUGAGGAUACUAGCUAUGGCUAUAAAGAUUUCUCCAGACAUGGAAUGCAAGUACCUACGUUCCAUGUUCAGGUAGGACUUAGGUUGCAAGUAGCAAAACUUGGAAGAGUGCGCUGCAUAAUUAGUAUUUAUACACUAAGCUCAUUGUAGGGCUUUACUAUUAUCCUAAGAAAAUAAGAUAGUGUUUCCAAGCUUAGUUUAAAACUGUGUAUGUAAUACAAUGGCAUCUUUCUUGGGAACUUGCACUCACGUACUGAAUUUGUUUUUAAGGACUAUUCAUGGGAAGACCAUGGCUAUUCAUUGGUAAAUCGUCUCUAUCCAGAUGUGGGGCAGUUGAUAGAUGAGAAGUUUCAGAUUGCAUACAACCUGACUUACAACACAAUGGCUAUGCAUAAAGAUGUGGAUACCUCAAUGCUCAGGCGGGCAAUCUGGAAUUAUAUCCAUUGUAUGUUUGGAAUAAGGUUGGUCCUGUUAUCUGUAUAUGGGCAGCUUUAUGGUAACACUGUGCACUUGUUUGUUAUGGUAGACAUUGUUGACAUUCUGAGUUUAGUAUAUAUAACCUGUAAAGAAUACUUUGCAAAACCUACAUCAAAAGUUAUGUUGUCCCAAACUGUAGCAGUCAUGGAUACAUUAAUUGGAUAAGCAAGAGGAGAAGGUAGUGGCUCUUAGUAACUCCUUAUCAGGAGUUCCAGGUCAGAGCAAACAGCCUAGUGGCUUGGAAUGUAAUUUGCCUUAAUUUGAAUAAAAUAAAAUAAAAUGCUAGUAUGGAACAGGGUUUUAUACUACUCUCCGGUUCAUGGCCUGAAGAAAUCGCCAAGGAACUGGAAUUAUUUGUGGGUAGGGGCAUGGGAAGCAGUGAUCUGCAGGAUAGAGAAAGGCAGAAGAAACUUGUAGCACUGUAAGUACCAUGUGAUAGUGCUUAUUCACACAAAGGAAGUAGUCUUCCAGAGCUGUGGGAAGCAAAGAAAAGCACUGGAGAAGGGAAGUUGUUCAACUGCAGAGAAGAGGAGAAAGUAUUCAGAAGGCUACUGUCAUGGGGCUGUGGUUGGAGAUCCACAGAAACACCUAUUCCUGUCAAGUAGCUAGUACGAUUGAUUGUACUGUAAUGACAAAAAUGUUUGUUUUUGGAGAGAUAAAAUUUUUCCCUUAAUUCCAAACAGAUAUGAUGACUAUGACUAUGGUGAAAUUAACCAGCUACUGGACCGCAGUUUUAAAAUUUACAUCAAAACUGUGGUGUGUGCUCCUGAGAAGACAACAAACAGAAUGUAUGAUAGCUUUUGGAGACAGUUCAAACACUCUGAGAAGGUAAGUUCUUCAAACAUAUAUUUUGACUUUGCUAUAUUGAGCAAUAAUGUUGCUUGAUAGUUAGAUAAUGAGGCCAAUACAUUUUGUUUGCAACUCCCAUGAUUCUACGUAGAUUUAAUCUCCCAUUUAUUACAAACUUGUAUACUUUUUUCAAAUAAGCAGUGUUUGUAUUUUUUACAUUCAUAGUAUGAGAGAAUAAGGAUUAUAAUGUUGGUUCACAUCAUUGUAGCAAGCUUGAUCAAAGACCUCAUUAAGGUAGGCCUCUGCCUGCUGCACCUACAUAGUAUGUUCUUGGAUCCCAGGGAAGGCUCUACACAGUGCCUUUUUUACAUUUUUUACAUUACAUUUUACAUUGGCCAACCUUAUCACACAGAGAGGAUGUAUUGGACACUAUUUCCCAUUUGCCUGUCUUCUGUACACAGGAUUUUAGUGGUUUAAUAAUUUUUUGUGUUGAUUCAUUUUAAUACUUUCAAACUGUGACCAUGGCUGUCAGAUGGAGAAACAUGCACUCUUUACAGAUCCAGGGCCAGUAGCCACCAUGCCACUGGGUUCACAGCCUAAUGGGUUGACCAGUGAAACAUUUAAUGACAGAAAUCCUGCGUGCUUGACAACAAUACUCUGGACAGGAGACGUACUUGAAACUCAGCUAUGUUUCUUAUCUUCUUCUUUAAAGGUUCAUGUCAAUUUGCUUCUCAUAGAAGCGCGGAUGCAGGCGGAACUGCUGUAUGCUCUGAGAGCCAUUACUCGCUACAUGACCUGAAAUGUUUGGCUGGUGGCUAACUAGGUUGGAAGGUGCAGCAGGUGCUGCCUACUAGGAGAUGCUACCGAGCUUCGGAACCAGUGGUGGCUAAAAGCCAUGAGAUCGAUUGUGCCAUAACUUUCUUUUAGUUUCAGCUCCUUCCUUGGUGGAAUAUUGCUACUGGGCUUGGUGGACAAAAUUGUUCAGAGAGGCUCCUUGAUCACUACAGCCUGCUCUUGAUAGCACAGGAAACCAUGAUUUGUGGCAGCCAAGUAGUUAAUUACGCAAAUCUUUAUUGUUGCAAGUAGAUAACAAAAUCUGGGGACACGAGGAGAAUUUAAAAAGACUUCUGCUUUUGAUAUAAGAAUAAUUGAUAUUUUUUAAAGGAAACGUCUUGAUGCUGCUGUACUUGCUAGUGAAAUGAAGAGACUAGCAAUUCCAAUUAAGCUACAAAUGAAAUCUGAGCCUUAUAUGGUUAUUAGAGAAAGUCCUUGCUAAUGAUUUGAAACUGAACUGUAUUCACACUAACAGUUUUGAUUGUAACAGGAGUGUCUAGCUUUAAAAAAAAAAGUUACUGGCCUGGACUUGUUCACAGUGGUUGUGUGGCUAAAUCAACAGUGUGAAAAGGAGUUAGAAUUUUCAAAGCUGCUUAAGACUGCAACUAUGUGAAAUGCUAAAUGCUUGGUAACAAGGACAAACAUUCUCCUAUUUCUUAUUGUUCCUAGAAGUUAUCUAAGGUGUGGGAAAGUUAAUUCAGACUAUCAGGCAGCCUCUCAAUACAUUUGCUUACCCAUGCCUAUGGUCCAUCACUUAGCUUAUGUAGUCAAGCAGGAAAAUAGCAUAACAAUAAAACCCUUAAGUUUGGCAUACAGCUGUUUCUGGAAAAUAUAUGGAUACUUUUGUAUGAGCAGCAUGAACUGCUAUAAAAUCUGUCAGUAUUACUGAAUUGUUUAAAUAAAACAAUUUUUGUUCUGUUCUUAUUUCAGGCAUUUUAUUUGAACUAGCAUUAACUAGUAUAGAGUAGUGAGUGCGAUAUCUGGCCCUGCACUGCUGUCUAUUUGUGUUUGAGGGGAAAGAACAAAAAACUAAAAUGCAACCCUUGACAGUUUAACAGGAAGCAUCUGCUAUUUCCUCUAGU